AUGGCGGGUCGUCUUUACCUUUACCCCUCGUCUGCUCCAACUCUCUUCUCCAACCCCACCCACCCUCCUCCACCUCGCUCCUCUCACGGCUGUUUCCCCUCCACUCAACCACCUCCCUCCCAAGUCCCAAAUGCCCCGUUUUCUUUUUGUCAGUCUUGGGUCUCAGGAUUUCGGCGGGGCGAUGUGGUCGUUCCGCGCUGCAGGCGGGGCGAUGUGCUCGUUCCGCGCUGCAGGCGGGGUGAUGUGCGCGUUCCGCGCUGCAGGCGGGGCGAUGUGCGCGUUCAGCGCUGCAGGCGGGGCGAUGUGCUCUUCCGCGCUGCUGGCGGGGCGAUGUGCUCGUUCCGCGCUGCAGGCGGGGCGAUGUGCGCGUUCCGCGCUGCGGGCGGGGCGAUCUGCGCGUUCCGCGCUGCAGGCGGCGCAAUGUGCGCGUUCCGCGGUGCAGGCGGGGCGAUGUGCUCGUUCCGCGCUGCAGGCGGGGCGAUGUGCGCGUUCCGCGCUGCGGGCGGGGCGAUCUGCGCGUUCCGCGCUGCAGGCGGCGCAAUGUGCGCGUUCCGCGCUGCAGGCGGGGCGAUGUGCGCGUUCAGCGCUGCAGGCGGGGCGAUGUGCUCUUCCGCGCUGCUGGCGGGGCGAUGUGCUCGUUCCGCGCUGCAGGCGGGGCGAUGUGCGCGUUCCGCGCUGCGGGCGGGGCGAUCUGCGCGUUCCGCGCUGCAGGCGGCGCAAUGUGCGCGUUCCGCGGUGCAGGCGGGGCGAUGUGCUCGUUCCGCGCUGCAGGCGGGGCGAUGUGCGCGUUCCGCGCUGCGGGCGGGGCGAUCUGCGCGUUCCGCGCUGCAGGCGGCGCAAUGUGCGCGUUCCGCGCUGCAGGCGGGGCGAUGUGCGCGUUCAGCGCUGCAGGCGGGGCGAUGUGCUCUUCCGCGCUGCUGGCGGGGCGAUGUGCUCGUUCCGCGCUGCAGGCGGGGCGAUGUGCGCGUUCCGCGCUGCGGGCGGGGCGAUCUGCGCGUUCCGCGCUGCAGGCGGCGCAAUGUGCUCGUUCCGCGCUGCAGGCACGGGUACCACCGUGGCGCCGCCGCCCGCCUCUCAGCCAAUCACGGAAGGCCAUGUGGCAGGGCAGGUGGGCAACGGCGCGGCGAGGAGAGAGGCACGAGCCCAGAGGCGGCUGAGGUGUGCCUGACUUGGCCUCGACGUCCGGACGAGGUUCGUUGCUUGCGUGGUGAGAGGGAGGCGAGGGAGAUUGCUUCCACCCUCACCACCUCUGCUCCCCACACUCACCAUCCCCCACUUAUCACCACUAUUCACCUUCCCCCACCGCUCCCCUCUAUUGAUCUUUCCCCACUGCUCCCUUCCACUCACCGCUGCUCCCCCCCUGCACUCACCUCUGCUGUUCACCCCACCGUUUCCCCGUCCCCCACUGUUCACACCACGGUUUCCCCGUCCCCCACUGUUCACACCACGUUUCCCCGUCACCCACUGUUCACACCACGUUUCCCCGUCCCCCACUGUUCACACCACGUUUCCCCGUCCCCCACUGUUCACACCACGUUUCCCCGUCCCCCACUGUUCACGCCAUUGUUUCCCCGUCCCCAAAUGCUCACACCACUGUUUCUCCGUCCCCUGCUGUUCACACCACGGUUUCUUCCCCACUGUUCACCCACCUCUUGUUCCCUCUGUUCCCUCUGUUCACCCCUCUGCCCUCCCCGCUCGCUCGCCAUGCUCCCCCCACUCACUUGCUAUGCUCCCUCGCACCACUCGCUCGCUAUGCUCUCCCCCCCCACUCACUCAUCACCCGACACAGCCAGUGGGCCCGCUACUGAGUUCUGUGAGCCAUUUGAGCAUGAGGCGUCGUGGGUUCUGUUUGAUGGGCCAGAGGAGGAAGGGGAGAGGUACGCCAAGCUGCUACAGAACCAUGUGGCGCAGGAGUGGAGGAGCGUGAGGGAGGGAGAGGAGGCACGGACGCCGGCAAGGAACCACCCCAUCUGGGGGGGCAUCACCCACCGCUACCACACCCUCCUUGCCCCGGCGCCGGCUCGUGUGGGCCUGCAGGGGCGGUUUUCAACGCAUGCAAAGGAGAGCACAGUAGCGUUCUACACCGUGGCUAUGGGGCGUUGCAUGCUGCAAGCUCUCAACUCCUCGGCUGUGCAGAGAGCAAAGGGGAUGCGGCUUGCCAGGGAGGCGGCUCUGCAGGGAAAUCAGGGUCCUAUUGAGGGAGGACGGGAGACGGGACGGGACAUGCGAGAGGGACGGGACGUGCACAGGCUUCGGGAGAUGCGAGAGGGAGAGGGAGGAGGCUUAGCAGGGCGGGGCACUAGUGGGAGUGCUGGGCAAGGGGUGGGAGGUGUGGCUGAGAAUGGUGCGGUACGCGGUGGUGGGUUGGAUCCAAUGAGUAGAACAGUGAGUGAUAGUGGCGGGAGCAGUGGAGGUGGUGGUGGUAGUGGUAGUGGUAGCGGGAGUCAUAGUGGUGGUGACUGCAGCGUGGGGGGUUCAUGGGGUAACGUGACUGAGGUAAUGGUAGCGUCUCUCAACCAAUUCCUAGUGCAUAACCUCUCACAGGCAGUGGCGGCCGAUGUGCCUGUAGCGAGAGUGACAGUGGGGAGUGACGCUGCUUGUGCUCCUACAGAGGGAGAGCUUUCACCCAGUAGUACCGCCUUCCCUGCUGAUCCUGCUGCUGCAGGUGCAGCUACUGUAACUCCCGGGUCUUUGAGCGCCGCUGCUUUUACCUCUGGUCGUCUCUCUCCUCCUGUCCCGUGUCUGCCGAGAUCUCCUCACGGUUUCGAGAUGGCAGUGCGGAAGGCGACUGGGCUUGACUAUGUGACUGUUGAGACGAAAUCUGCACUUGACGCCACGCUUUCCGUCUAUGCUUCCCCUACUACCCCACAACCCCCCACUCCCCUCCUCCCCCAUCCCCCCUCUCUCCUUUUCCCCUCCUCUUUCCCCACUCCCCCGACCUCCCCCCCGCCUCUUCCCCCACCUUCCCCAGGGCUGACGUGGUUCCCGCACGCCAGUGCGGACGACGAUUGGCUGGAAGAUGCUGCUACGGCCUCGCACGCCUUGCCGCAGGCUCAGGUGCACCAAGAGGGUUUGGCCGAGGGAUGUUUCGCUGUGAGUAGGGUUCAGGAAUGGAGUAAGCGGGCCUGCUGCCUCUCCGUCUCUAUAAUUCCCCUCAUCCCCAUUCUCCCAUGCGCACCCCCCUCUCCCCGUCCUCCUCCCCCUCCUCCCGGCCCCUCCAACCCCCCCUCCCCCCAAACCCCACGGCUUUGUCGUAAGCAGGCCGCGAGCAGCAGCGCUGUAUCUGGACACGUGCGAGAGGAGGUCGUCAAGAUCGAGGAGAUCUCCACAGAGAUCGUGACCGUCCAGGAGAUAUCCACCGAGAUCGGACGGCCAGCUAGGUCCCGCAGAUCAGGGGCGAAAGCCGCGCGAGAAGCAGGCCCAGGCGAAGCGGAGAAGGAGAAGAAGAAAGGGAAGAAGGGGAAGAAGGGAGGCAGGUCGAAGCGAGAAGCACAGCCGCCGGAUGAGGCGACUAGCGCGGACCCUAGGCUACCUGAACGGGUGGGAACUUCAGCGAGAGGUGUUGUGGUGCCGCAAACAGCAGCAGAUGCACAGACGUCCAGUUCUAGCCCUGCUCCUGCUGCUGCUGGUGGUGCCGGUGCUUCUGGUGGUGCUGGUAGGACUGGGCUUAUAGCUGGAUUGGCAGCAGGGGCAGCAGCAGCAGGCGGAGCUGUAGCAGCAGGGGUGGCAGGUUUGGCUGCGAGGCGAGAAGCCAAGCCUCCAGAAGCAGCAACCAGUGGGGAUGCAAUGGAAGGGGUGGCAGGUUCGGAAGGGGUGCGAGGUUCGGAAGGGGUGGGCGGUUCGGAAGGGAGAGUAGAAGGGCAGUUAUCAGCAGAGGAGAUGAGGGAAGACUCGAGAACGUCAGUGGCAGCCGUGUUAGCUUCGGGGGACACUGCGAGAGACCUUAGUGUUGGCGACUCGGAGUCUGCCGUACAAAGUCUGCCUGAACCAACAACGCAAGCAGCAGGAGCAGCAGAAGCAACAGAGGCAGCGGACGCAGCAGACGCAGGUGAGAGAGGUGAGCUGGCAGAAGCAGGUGCAGCAGGGGAAGCAGGCCCGAGCGGAGCAGCAGUUGCUGCUGCCGCCGGGGUUGGAGCCGGGGCAGCAGUGGCAGGUGCCGUGGUAGGAGGAGCACUAGGCGCUUCUCUAGGCUCCCGAGAAGUCUCUAGAGACGACCCCAAAGAGCAGUCCGGUGGGGGGUCGAAACGAGCCACACCUGGGACCCCGCUAGGUGGGAGCUCGCCCGUGUCUGCAAGCGAAGGGGGGAGUAGGCGAGAGGUGAAGGCGAAGCGGAACAGGGUGGGGGAGGGCGCGUUUGGUUCAGGGGAUCAGCAGGAUGGGGUGUUUGGUGGGGAUGAUUCUGGGGGGAGCGGUAGGCAGGGGAGCCAGGGGCGUGGAAGCAUGGGGAGAAGCAGCGGCAGUAGCGGCAGUGGCAGAGAUAGGGAUACGCUCCUGCAGCAGCAGCAGAAGCAGCAGCAGCAGCAGCAGCAGGUGCAGCAGCAGCGGCAGCAGCAGUCGUGGUCGAAACAGCCCCUACCAGGUCAUGUUCCCGGCGCUACUGGUAUGCCCCCCAUGCGCAGCAACAGCGAGCUUCCCCCCCUUCCCCACCGCAGCACCAGCGGCCUUCCCCCCCAGCCCCUGCGCAGCAGCAGCGGCCUUGCUGCCCUCUCCGCGUCCACCAAUAGCAAUCUCCUGCAGCGGGCCGCCACGGGCAGCGGUGACCGUUGGAUCUUCCACUCUGGCGCGGAUCGGGACCAGCUAGUGGAGUCAGAUUCGAGUGAUGACUCGGAGACGAUGAGUGGGCGGCUGGAGGGCGGGUUGGGGGACUCGUGGGGGAGAGCGCGAGGGGGAGACGAAGCAGGGUCGUUCAAAGCGGGGAGCUUGGCGAGUCAGGGGUCUAGAGGAGGGGGAAUGAGCCCUGUGUCUGAAAUAGGGGAGCAGCACGGGGCGGGUAACGCAGCAGGGAGAGCGAGAGGCGGGUUAUGGCAUGGGGCUCCUCGCCCUAGCAGUGCGGGGGGCAAGUCCGGGAGAUCACGGUUAGGGAAGAGAUCACCUAGAGGGUCGUCUCUGGGAGCAGGGAUGCUGGAGCGAGUAGCAGGCGGGACGGCGGGCAGCAGAGGGAGCUUUGGAACAGGGGCGGAGAUUAACAGAGCGAGUAAGAGCAUGAGGGGGUUGCCGGUAGAAGGGUUGGCUAGCGCGGGGGCUAGCGGGGCGUGGAGCUCGUCAGAUGGAGAGGGGAGUGUGCAGACGAGGGGGGUAUCAGGGGCGGCUCAGCCUGUGGUUGUGGGGUUUGUAGGGCCUGCCAGGCCGGGAACGCCUGUUUCGCUGACCAGGGUUGGGUCUGGGGCGCCUGUGUUGCGCCCUGCUACGUCUGGGGGUUUGUUGCUGGAGGAUGUGGGGAAGUAUGAUGACUGGGUGGUGUAUGAGAGUGAGGGGGAGGAGGAGGAGGUGCAGAGUCGGCUUGUGAGGGGGAGAGGGAGAGGGGUGGUGGAGAAGAGGGUGGUGCAGGAGGGGGGGGUGGCGGGGGUUGUGGAUAAGAAGGAGGUGAGGGAGGGAGGGCAUGCACAGGGAGUAGGAGCAGCAGCAGCAGCAGCGGCAGGGGCAGGGGCAGUGGGGAUGACGGUUGGGAAUGUGGGGCGGAGGAAUGGGGUAGAGAGGGACGUGUGGAGAGCAGGGGAAGAGGACUCUGAUGACUCGGACUCGGAAGUCAAGCACGAGGCAGGAUGGGGGCACGCCUCACAGCAGCAGAGUAACGGAUUCAUGUUCAACAGCCAAGGGGGAACGCCUGGGGGCGGGUUUCACCCGGGGGAGGUUCAUCCAGGGGGGAUCCAUCCCCAGACUGGUGCAAGGCAUGCGCCCCAGCCACCCACUAGUCCGCGCCCAUCAUCCCCCCGGCCUCUCCCAUUCGCCUCCAGGUCUUGGUCCUCUGCCCCUGCUCCUCACCCCCAGCAGCAGCUCCCCCCUCGCCCUGUCGGCCCUCCUAACGCCUCCUCCUCCCAGCAUGGUCCUUCACAGCCCCACCCGUUCUCGUCAGGAACAGCAGGUAAGCCGCGCAUACCCCCCAUCCCCCCGGCUUAUGGUCACUCCCCUGCUUAUGCUGCGCCUGCUGCUGCGUCUGCUGCUGUGCCGGGUUCCGCCCCACACCCGUUUGCCGCCGGUGGGUUCGCUGGGGGGGCGGGAGCUCCUGGAGUGGCAGCAGCAGGGGCUGUGCCUGGGGGCCAGCAGCAGGGGCAGCAGCAGUCGUGGGGGGGGUCUGUGGCAGGGUUCUUUGCAGGGGCAAGCGCGUUUGUGUUUGGGGCGAAGCAUGACGGGCACGCAGGGCGGGAGGCAGGGAGGGAGGCGCAGGGGAAGGAGGUGCAGCAGGGGAAGGAUUUGAACCAGUCAGGUGAUGCUGGGAUGGGGCUAAGGGACGGGGAGCCAGGGGGGUCUGCAGCAGCAGGUACGGGAGCUGUAGAAGGUGUAGCGAGUGGGGGCAGUGGCAGUGGCAGUGUUAGUGGUAGUGGUAGUGCCAUGCGCCCUCCUCGCCCUCCUUCCCUUGCCAUUCCUGGAGCAACGGGUAAUGCCACUAGCCCUGCUGCUGGCCGCUAUAACACCCAUGCACAGGCAGGAGCAAACGGAGAGGCUGCAGAACCACCCGCAGCAGCUGUUGCUGGUGCUGCUGCUGCUGCUCCUGGUGUGUUUGCGGUAGCGGAGGGUCAUGAGGCUCUUAUGUCUCCCAUUGCCUUCGUUACAGUCUCGCCUGCUAAGAGCACAGGGAGAGGCACAGACGGAGCUGCAUUGCCAGGGGCAGCAACAUCAGCAGCAGCGGCGGUUCCUGGGAAACCGGUGGGAGGAGCAGCAGAGAUGGGGGUGAUUAGUCAGCAGCCUCCACAGGGGUACCGGCCUGGGGCGGGGCUUGGUGGGUGGAGUAAAGGGUCUGGUGCUAGGGCCGGUGGGGUUGGUUUGGGAUGGGGGGAGGGGAGUGAGGAGGAGGAGAGUGAAGAGGCGGAGAGUGAAGAGGCGACGGAGGAGGGUGAAGAGUAUGAGGUGGAGGAAGAGGAGGAGGAAGAGGAGGAUAUGGAAGAGGAGGAGAUGGAGUAUAGUAGUGAUGAGGAAAGUGAGGAGGAAAGUGAGGAGGAGAGUGAGGAGGAAAUUGAGGAGGAGAGCGAGGAGGCAACUGAGGACGCAAGUGAGGAGGAAGAGGAGGAUGAGGAGGAAGAGAAGGAAGAGGAGGAGGAGGAGGAGGAAAGUGAGGAGGAGAGUGUAAAUGCGUGGGUGGGCAGACCGAUACUGGCGCCAUCACAGGCAGGCACUCCCACAGGCUAUGGGGGUAUGAAAACCCCCGAUGCAAUCGGAGGCAUCGUGUUUAUUAACGAGUAUGGUGCUGCCCCUCCCUCCCCUGCUCUGGGGGCGAAUUCCGUGGGUACGGGAGGGGGUACGAGUGGGGCCAGCACACCUUUGGGAAUGGGUGGGGCGAGUGGGGCAAUGGGGGGGAGCAAAUCGCCUGGUGGUAGGCCAGGGGAGGAUGAGCGCGUGUUUGUGGUUUUUAACAAGUCGAGAUUCUCACCUACUGCUGCUGGCGCUGCUGCUGCUGCUGCUGAUGCUGGUGGUGCUGCUGGUGGUGCUGGUGGUGGUGGCUUGUUGGCUGAUACUCAAGGAUCAGGGACCCUUGUGGUGAGGAUUGAGAGAGGUGUGGAGGAGGAGGGAAGUGAGGAGGACGAGGGGGAGGGUGGCAGUGAGGGGUGGGAUGGAGGGGAGAGUGGGGAGGAGGAUGGGAGUGAGGGUCGGAGUGGGUUGGAAGGAGAGAGUGAGGAGGCUGGGAGUGAGGAAGGGAGUGGGUUUGAAGGGAGUGGUGAGGGGGAGAGUGAGGGGGAGAGUGAGGGGAGUGAAGGAGAGGAGAGUGGGACAGAAGGGAGUGAGAUGAGGGUAGGUAGGGAGGAGGGAGAAGAUGGGGAAUUGAGUGCGGUGGAGAGUGGUGCUUCUGGAGGGAGUGAGGGGAGCGAGGAGGAGAGUGAGGAGGGGAGUGAGGAGGGGAGUGAGGAGGAGAGUGAGGAGGGCAGUGAGUCCAGCCUUAGCCCUGUAGGGAGUUCAGUCGAGGGAGAGACUGAGUAUGUGGGGAGUGGGGAGAGUGAGACAGAAGAGAGUGAGGAGGAGAAUGGGAGUGAGGAGGAGAGUGGAAGCGAGGAGGAGAGUGGGAGUGAGGUGGAGAGUGGGAGUGAGGUGGAGAGUGGGAGCGAGAGCGAGGGGACGGAAAGUGGUUCGAGUGAGAGCGAGGGGAGUGAGGAGACAGGGUCAAGCGAUGAUGAGGACGGCACAACUUUGGACGGCACAUGGGACGGCACAAUGGACGGCACAAUGGACGGCACAGUGGGCGGCACACUAGAUGACAGAACGCUGGAUGGGACAGAGGGUGUGACUCUAGGAGGGAGUGACACUAUGGAGAGGACUUUCACCCUGGAAGAGACCGAGACAGCCGUGAGUGAGACGCUGGGAAGGACGUUGACUAGAGAGGGGAGUGGCACAAUUGAGGGGAGUGAGUUUAUAGAGGGUACGGAUGCAAUGGGGCGAAGUAUCACGUUUGAGACAGUUGGGAGGACUGAGACGUUUGAAGGCAGUGGGACUAUAGAGAGGAGUGGUACUAUGGAGGGGAGUGGCACUAUUGGGAGGAGUGACACUAUGGAGGGAACUGAGGCUAUGGGGAGAACCAACACGUUUGAAACCCUCGGGGAGACUAGAACUUAUGAAGGCAGUGACACUAUGGAGGGGAGUGAGACUAUGGAGGGGAGUGAGACUAUGGAGGGGAGUGAGACUAUGGAGGGGAGUGAGACUGUUGGGACGGCAGAUAGAACUUUGACUUUGGAGGGAACUGAUAUUCCGAGUGAUAGUGAAAGGGGCGGCCGUAGGAGGGCUGGCAGUGAUAGGGGCAGCAGUGAGAGGGAUGGUAGCUCUUAUCAAGGAGAUAGCUUAUCCGAGGGGAGUGAGGAGAGUGAGGAGAGUGACGGGAGUGAGGAGAGGGAGGGGAGUGAGGGGAGUGAGGAGAGUGAGGAGAGUGACGGGAGUGAGGAGAGGGAGGGGAGUGAGGGGAGUGAGGAGUCAGAGAGUGUGGAAUAUGGUGAUACUCUGGGGGAUAGUGACAGUAUGGAGGGGAGUGAGGCUGUGAGCAGGAGUGCAGCAAGCAGGAGCAGAGGAGGGUACAGUGAUGAUAUUGUGCUUAUAGAGGUGGUGACUGUGACGGGGUCUAGAACCAGUGGGACCCGGGAAGACUUGUCGAGUGUGAGAGGGAUGAGUGAGAUUGGGAGUGAGAUGGGGAGGAGUGAGAUAAGUAGGAGGAAGAGAGUGGGGAGUGAGAGUAGGGGGAGUGAUACAGAGGCGACAGAGACAGAGGGGAGUGAGACAGGCAUGAGUGGGAGCGAGGAGAGUGGGAGUGAGGAGAGCGGGAGUGAGGAGAGUGGGAGUGAGGAGAGUGGGAGUGGGAGGAGCAGCAGGAGUGGAAGCGACGAGAGUGAGGGUAGUGAGGGUAGUGAGAGUGAGGGCGAUGAGAUUGCGAGUCACAGCUCAGCAGCUUCUGAGGAGUAUGACUCCCAUUCGCAGAGCAGUGAAGGUUUUGAGUCUGAAAGUGGCUCAGAGAAAGGAAGCGUCCACUCUGGUUCCCACACAAUCAGCCCUCAUACUGCUUCAGAGGUUUCUGCUUCCGAGGUUUCAGGGUCGGAAUCUGGUGGGGGAAGGUCAGAUAGUGAAGGGGGUCAGUCAGAGGACGUUUCUGGGGAAUCGGGGUCUGAGAAGGUGUCCAGGUCAGCAUCGCACGCUUCCAGGUCAGCAUCACACGCUUCCAGGUCAACAUCGCACCAUUCCAGGUCAGCAUCAGAUGCUUCAGGAGGAGCGGGAGCGAGCAAAAGCGGGACUGCUGCAAGUCGCAGCCCUUCUGAAGCAAGCCGCAGCCCGACUGUUGCAAGCCAGUCCCCUGGCACAGAAUCGUCUCCUGUGGAGACACUCAGUAAGGGGUCGUCGGGAAGCGCAUCUGCUGCAACCCAGUCUCCUAUCGAAUCACUCAGUAAGGGGUCUUCGGGAAGUCAGUCUCGGAUGGGAAGCAAGAGUGGGUCUGAUGGGAGUGGGUCUCACGCUAGCAAGUCUCAUGCUAGUACAUCCCACUCUAGCAGCUCUCAUGGAGUCAGGUCUCAAGCGAGCAGGUCUCAAGCUAGUGGGUCGCGUAUUAGUGGGUCGCACACUAGCGGGUCGCAGGGUAGCGGGUCGGCAGGGAGCAAGUCAAAGGGAAGCGGCUCAGAGAGGAGCGAUUCGGAGUAUGAAGGUAUGGGGUCUGAGGAGGAGGAGGGUGAGGGAUUCAGCAAGAAGGGCAGUGAGAGGUACAGCGGUAGUGACAGUGGGAGGGAAGGGAGGGAAGGGAGAGAAGGGAGUGAGAGUGUGGGGAGUGAAAGAAGUGGGUCUGGGGUGUCUGCUGUUGGUGGUGCUGCUGUUGCGGCUGCUAGCGUUCCUGCUAGUGGUGCUGCUAGCCCCAGCCAUCAGCUUGGGAUGCCAACAGGUGGCGCUGCGUCAUUGGCAUCGGGUGCAAUGCUGUCGCCAGGGGGGGAGGGAUGGAAAAGGCCUCUUACUGUAAAGGUGGGGGGGAGCUCCCAAGAGCCUAGCUCAGAGGAAGAAGAGGAGGAGGAAGAGGAGGAGGAAGAAGAUGAGGAGGAGAGUGAGGGUGUUACUGCAACUGAGGAGGAGGGAAGCUUGGUUGAGGAUGAGGAUGAAGAGGAAGAGGAGGAGGAGGAGCAGGAGCAGGAGGAGAGUGUGUUUACGGUGGAUAGGAGCUCAGAGGAAGGAGGGAGUUUGGAAAGUGACAGGAGGUUAGAGAGUGAGAGGCGCUCAGAAGUGGACGGUUCAGUGGGUGACAGGUCAGAGGAGGAUGGGAUGUCGGAGGGUGAUGGGAUGUCAGAGGGAGAAGAGGAUACGGAGGAGGAAGGAGGAGAGAGCAUAGGAAGCGAGGAGGAGGAAGGAGGAGAGAGCGUAGGAAGCGAGGAGGAGGAAGGAGGAGAGAGCGUAGGAAGCGAGGAGGAGGAGAGGAUGGCGAAGAUGCUUCGAGCAGAGAGCAAGAGGCGGUUUGAUACGGUGCUCGGGCAGCUGAAGGGGCAGCUGAAGGUUCUGCUGAGGCAGGAUUCCCAUGGGAGCGGGCAGUCUGAAGGGAGUGAGGGGAGUAGGGAGGGGAGUGAGGGGGGGAGUGAGGGGUUUGAGGGGUCUGAUAGGAGUGGAGUGAGUGUGGGAGAUGGGAGGAGAGAAGAGAGCGAGAGUGGGGAGGGUGAGGAGGAGUAUGAAUCGGCGAGCGAGAGAGGGGAAGAGUCGCAAGAGGAGGAUGAGUAUGGGUCCAGAAGUGCGAGUGAGAGGGAGAGUGAGAGGGAGAGUGAGAGCGAGGGAGGAAAGCAAGACAAGGAGGAUGAGGAGUGGGUGGAGGAAGAAGCAAGGGAUUCGGUUAAGAGUGCCCCAGCAGUCUCAGCAGCACCAGCACCCCCUGCUUCCCCAGCGGCCCCAGCAGCCCCAGCUUUCCCAGCACCGCCCCCUCAGAGGUUCCACCACCCACAGCCGCCCACCACGCCCUCUCUUCAGCCGUCCCCGCCGUCCCUCGCCUUGCGCCGCUCCUUCAAGCGCCCCCAGCCCCUGCGCCCCUCCUCCGCCUCGCCCCUCUCCGCCCACCCCUUUGCGCAAGCGCCUGGUUCUGCUGCCACCACGCCACAGAGCACGGGAGGGUCGUCUGGAGGGUCUACCCCCCACAGUGCCGUUGGUCUUGCCACUGGUGCCAUUGGUGCCACUAGUGCGUCUGGUAUGGCUGGCCCUCGCCCUGCAGGUGAGUCCCCUUUUUCCUUGUACCGGCCAUCGUCCCCUGCUUCUGAUUCUGCUGCGUUUGCUUCUUCUGCUCCUGGAGCGUCUGUGUCUGGUUCGCCUGUUGCUGCCGCUGCACGUGCUUCGCCUGGCCUUGCUGCUCCUGCUGCUUCCCCCGUUGCUGCUCCUGCUGCUCCCCCCUUUGCUGUUCCUGCUGCUGCCUCGGUUGUUGCCCCUCCUGCUGCCUCUGCUGCUGUUCCCUUGUCUGCAGAGUUCUCUCCCCUUCCCUUGUCUCAACCCCCUGAACCCGUCCCCUCUAUCCUCCACCCAAUGGACCCACGUGCACAUCCAGUUUCCGUGCCUCCUCACACCACAGCCGCUCCUACCGCCCAUGCUACAGCCGCUCCUAACGCCCAUGCUACAGCCUCGCAUCACCCCCACUCUGCUGUUUCUCCCGCCCCUCCUGUCCUCCACCCUCUGGACCCACGGGCGCAGCAGCAGCUGCCAGCACAGGUGCCUAAAAGGACUCAAGGGCUUCAAGUGACUGAAGGGAGCGAAAGGACUGAAGGGACCCGAGAUGGGGGUUUCCCUGUAGGUGCCCUGGUGCAUGGUUUGUCGGCCGACUCUGAUACCAUGUCGGCUGGAUCCAGGCACGAGGCCUUUGCUGAUGCUAACGCCCGUGCCCAUGCUGGCACUGGUGCUGACGCUGAUGCUCGUGCUGGUGCAGAUGGUGAUGUGAGUGGGAAAGGCAAGUACGGUGCAGUGCUGGUCCCUCCGGCCUUAGUCCCCGGUGGUGCAGGCAGCUCGCAGUCUUCCAGCCGGCCCGAGUCAAGGGAGUCAACCGAGUCAACCAGGGCGGGUGAGUCACCUGAGAAAGGUGUGUUAGCAGCAGUUGGAGGAGCAGAAAGAGGAGGGGUGGAAGGAGGGGUGGAGAGAGGUGUGGAGAGAGGGGAGGGAGUGGUAGCGACAGAGGCAUGGGUGCUUGCAAGCAUGAGGCAAAGAGCAAAGCUUGAAGGUCGCUCGGAAGAAGGCUCGGAACACGGCUCGGAAGGAGGCUCGGAAGGAGGUGUGGGAGGAGGUUUGGAGGGAGGCUUGGAGGAGGCUAUGGAGAUAGCAGCUGUGGGUGACUCAACAGAGCGUUCCUUUAUGGGGGGUUCUGUUAAAACGGGGCCUGCUGCCGCUGUGGUGGGUCAGAUGGAACAGGGUGAAGCUGGUGUGGGUGCUGCAGUUAUGAGUGUGCGGGAGAGGAGGAGUGAGGGGGAGAGUGAGGGGAGGGAGGAGGAAGGUGGAGAGAGUGAAGGGGAUGCAAGGGCGAGUGACGAGGAGAGUGAGAGUGGUAGUGGAGAAGAGAGUAGGAGCAGUGUGGGGGGGAGUGAGGAUGGGAGUGAGGGUGAGAGCGACGGCGAGAGUGAGGGGGAAAGUGUUGAUGGGAGUGGGGUGGGGAGCACGGAAGGAAGUGAAGGAAGCAGUGAGGAGUCAGGGAGCAGUGAGGGAGAGAGCGAGGGAGAGAGUGAGGGGGGGAGUGAGGAAAGUGAGGAGGAGAGUGGGGAGGAGAGCGGGGGGGAGAGUGAGGGUAGUGUGACGGAGACAGAUGCUGUGACCAGAACCAGCUACUCAGGGAGUGAAGGGGACGAGACAGAGAAAGAGGAUGAGUCGAGCGAAGGGGAGAGUGAGAGUGGAGAGAGUGAGAGUGGGGGGAGUGAGAGUGGUGAGAGUGAGAGUGAGAGUGGAGUGAGUGAGAGUGAAGGGCAAAGUACAGUUGGCACAAUGAGUGUGGCGAGGGAGGGAGGACCAAGGAGUUCAACGCAUGCUGAGACAGAAACCGAGGCAGAAACAGAGACAGAGACAGAGACAGACGCAGAUGGGAGAAGUGAAAGGGUGGGGUUGGAGGGGGAUGGAGAGAGUGUGGUGACGGAGGAAGGGGUGCUGAUAGAGGUGGCGAGUGUGGCGAGUGUGGUGGGGAGGGGGAGUGUGGUGGGGAGGAGUGAGGGAGUGAGGGUGGAUAGUUUGUUGAUAGAGGUAGAGAGUGUGGUUGGGGCGGAGAGUGUGGUGGGAGGAGGGAGUGUGUUUGGAGGGGAGAGUGUGGUGGGAGGAGGGAGUAUACUGGGAGAAGAGAAUGUGAUUUUCGAAGGGGGAGAUGAGGCAGAAGAAGCUUACAGUAAGGAAGGAAGCGAAUCAGACAGGAGCGAGGGGAGUGAGGGAGUGGAAGAACAUGGGAGCGAGGAGAGUGAGGGAGUGGAAGAACAUGGGAGCGAGGGGAGUGAGGGAGUGGAAGAACAUGGGAGCGAGGGGAGUGUGUGGAGUAAGCAUAUCAACGAUGGGGAGGGGCCGGGUGGUGAAAGCGGGAGUAUUGGGAGCGGAAGUGAGAGAAAGGGGUCGUCAGACUCCGAAAAGGAAGUGGAGGAAGAGGAAGUGCCUGUGUCAAUGGCAGCUGGCGGAGAGACACCAGCAGCACCUGCGAGUCAGGAUGAGAAUGUCAGUGAAGGAUCCACUGAAUCUGAAGCUGAAGAGGAAGUGCCUGCGUCAGUGGCAGCUGGAGAAGAGAUACCGAAGAGUUAUGAUGAGAAUGUCAGUGAAGGAUCCACAGAAUCUGAAGAGGAAGAGGAAGUGCCUUCUGCUGACAUGGCCAAGGCGGCUGGCGCGGCAAAGGCUGCUGACGUGUCACUGGCAGCGCUGAUGGCGAGGACGCCCGAUGCCAGGCCGGUGACCCCGGUGCGCAGAACGUGGCUGGAGGUGCUGCAGAGCCAUGCUGUGCUGUCAGAACUGAUGACGGAGGAGGACAUGGGCGCGCUGCAGUUCCUGUGCUCUAUGACGGAGGAGGACAUGGGCGCGCUGCAGUUCCUGUGCUCCGUGGACUUUUGCAAGUCGCAACACAGCAUGGAUUUCCGCGUGGACUUUCUCUUUGACGCCAAUCCCUUCUUCACCAAUGAAUACCUGAGCCGCGUCUUUGCUGUGGCGAGAAACCCCAAGACUGACCCAAUCAUCAUGUCCAUUCACUGCACCCCCAUCGCCUGGCAGCCAGGCAGGGACUUAACCAAGCGCCGCACAGGGUGGUUUGGAUGGGCUGCUGCCACUCUCACCCAGGGAGGGAGGGGAGGUGGCGCUGCUGCGGGUGGUGCUGGCAGGAGCAGCUUCUUUACGUUGUUUGCCUCGCGAUCUGCGCUCUCUGCUUCUGAAGCCAACGAGGAGGCUGUGCGAAUGAAGAUGCUGGAAGAGGCAGCUCUCACCAACGGCCUUUUACAGUCGUCAGAGGGUCAUGUGGUGUCUAACCUGCUCCGUUGGUACACUGUAAAGUCGCUCGGUGGGGGAGAGGAGGAGGAAAACGAGGAGGAAGAAGGGGAUGAAGAAGAGGAGGAAGAGGAAGAGGAGGAGAAAAAAAUAGGGAGCACUGAAGCUGUAGCGACUUUAGAGACGUCUAAGAAAGCGGGUGUUGCAGGGCAGGAGGCAACUGGGCGUCCUAGUAUAGAGGAGGAGGAAAAGAGGGUGGAGGACGGUAGUGAGGCUGUGCUGCAGGAUGGGGGAGAGAAUGAAAGGCGAAUGGUGGGAGGCGAGAAGAGGGAUGAGCUUAUUCCUCGGGAGGAGGAAGAGAAGCAAGGAGAAGAAGGAGAAGAGGUGGCGGAAGUGAGACAACAAGAGGAGGUGGGGCGAGAGGGAGAGGGUCCGAGGCCUGGGGGAGUAAAAGUGGUGGAAGGAGCAGGAAGGAGAAGCGUUGGGGAGAAAUUGGACCUUGUGGAAUCAGAAGAUGCAGCAGUAGUGCUUGCAGGAGGCAGGGGGGGAGACAGAUGGGAGGAAGAGGAGGAGGAGGAAGAGGAGGAGGAGGAAGAAGAGGAAAAGGAGGAGGAAAAGGAGGAGGAAGAGGGGGAGCGUGGAAUGGUUAUAGAGGAGCAAGGCGUGGUUGACAGGAGUGGGGGCAUGGAGAGGGCGGGAAGGAAGAUAGAGAAAGAAGGGGCGGGGAUGGGGGGGGUAGAGGCGGGAACAGGGAAAGCAGCAGGUGUGGCAGGGACCGGCAUGGAGGGUGCAGGGACGGAUAUGAGGGGUAUAGGGGCGGAUAUAGAGGGUGGAGGGGCGGAUGUGAAAGAGGAGAAUGUGGUGGCAGUUGCAGCAGCAAGGGAUGCGGAGGCUGAGAGAUGUGAGAGUGAGAAGGGUGAGACUGAGACGGGUGCGAGUGAGAGCGAGAGGGAUGAGAGUGUGAGGGAGGAGAGUGAGAGAGAGGAGAGUGAAAGGGGGGAGAGUGACAGUGGCAUGAGUGACGUUGAGAAAGAUAGCUGGCCAGGUGGGGGGAGGGCAAGGAAUGUGAGGGAGGAGAGUGAGAGAGCGGAAGGUGAGAGGGAGGAAAUUGACGGUGGCGGGAGUGACGCUGAGAUGGAUGGCUGGCCAGGUGAGGGGAGGGCAAUUGGGGAUGUGUACGUCCAGAAGAUGAAGGAUGGAGGGGAAGGAGGGGUAGAGGCUGAAUACGAGGAGGCGGGGAGUGGCAAGGAGGAGGGGAGUGGUGAAGAGGAGGGAAGUGGUGGUAACGAUGUGAGAGGGGAUGACCUGAGGGGCUCCAGUGGCAGUCUUGGGGAUGCCAUGCCGGGUAUGGCAGGGGGAGGAGGUGGGGGGGAAGGGGAAGAGGAAGGCGCAGCGACAGGGGCAGAGGCAGACGCAGGAGCAGGGGCAGGGGAAGUGGGAGGUGGAGUUGAGGACGGGAUGGGAGAGGGGGACUCGUGGAUCGCGGUCCGUGUCGGUGGGAGGAGAGAGAGCAGAGAUGGCCGUGAUUGGGGCGCGUUGCGAUACGAGGGGGCAGGGAGUGAGGGAGGGAGUGAGGGAGUGAGUGAGGGGGAGAGUGAGGGAGGGGGUGAGGGAGGUAGUGAGGGAGGGAGUGAGAGGGGAAGCGAUCGGGUGAGUGAGGGGGUAAGCGAUGGGGCUGGCAGUGGGCAGGGGAGUUCAGUGGAGGGCGAGCUAGCAGAGCUGAUGCAUGCAGUGGACAGCCAUUCACUGCCCUUCUGGCAUGCUGUUGCUGCCACAGGAAAAGAUGGGCUGGUGGGGCUGGAAGGUCGGGAGGAACUGGAGGGUCUGGAGGGACUGGAGGAACUAGAGGGAGUAGAGGGAGUAGAGGGGCUAGAUGUGGCCGAUGCUGGUGCUGCUUCUGCCGCAGCUGUGCCUGCUCGCUCCCGUACAGGAACGCCAAUGCCUGGCAUCCGUGCUGCUGCGUCAGGGCCUGCUGCCGCUGCCGCUGCUGCUCCGUCGUCUGCUGCGCCUUCCAUGUUCUCGCGAGCUGGAACACCCAUGCCGGGUGUCCGACCUUCUGGCUUACCUCCUCCUCCUCCUCCUCCUCCUCCUCCUCCUCCUCCUCCUCCUCCUCCUCCUCCUCCUCCUCCCGUUCCCGGUGGUGCUGCUUCUCAUGCUGCUUUGCCCACUGCUACUCCCGCCUUUGCCUCCCGUGCCGCUACUCCCAUGCCGGGAGUGCAUGCUGCUUCUGUUUUGCCUCCUCCUGUUCCUCCUUCUGCUGCUGCCCCUGCAGCGUUCUCUCGCUCUACUACCCCCAUGCCCGGUGUGCAUGCCGCUCUUGCUCCUGCUGCUCAUCCUUCCCGGGCAGUAACACCCAUGCCUGGUGUCCAUUCUCCUGCUUCUCCUGCUGCUGCUCCUGCAACAUUCUCUCGUGCCACCACACCCAUGCCCGGUGUCCAUUCUCCUGCAGCAGGCUCCACUGCUUCUCCCUCUGCAACCGCUUCUCCUCCGUCCUUCUCCCGCACUCUCACGCCCAUGCCUGGCCUUCCCCCUCCUGCUGCUCCUCCUCCUCUUCCUCCUGCUUCCGCCAGGGCAGUGACGCCCAUGCCUUGGGUUGCACCUGCUCCUAGUGCUGCUUUUGCCCCUAGUGCUUCAUUCUCCAGGGCAGUGACGCCCAUGCCUGGGGUUGCACCUGCUCCUAGUGCUGCUUUUGCCCCUAGUGCUUCAUUCUCCAGGGCAGUGACACCCAUGCCUGGGGUUUCACCUGCUGCAAACUUCCCGCCUCCACCUGUUCCCCAUCCUCCUCAUCCCGCUGCUAGUGGUGUUAGUUCAGCAUUCUCCUCCAGGGCAGUGACGCCAAUGCCUGGUGUCCAUCACAUCUCCCCGCAUCCUCCACCUGCUGCUGCUCCUCCUCCUCUUGUAGCUUCUGCCGCGCUCUCCCGGACAGUGACGCCCAUGCCAGGUGUUCGUGCUGCAGCUACUCCCAUGCCUGGUGUUCGCGCCACAGCAACGCCCAUGCCUGGUGUUCGCGCCACAGCAACGCCCAUGACUGGCGUGCACGGCGUGCCUGAUGUGCGUGCCACAGCUACACCCAUGCCCGGCAUGGCUGGGGAGAACAGCAGGCAGCAGCAGCAGCAGCACGGGAGAGCAGUUGUCAGCAGGGGCCACUCGCGGGGAGCGACUGAGGGGGCUGCGUUUUACACCCCCGUUGAAGGGGCAACUGCGUUUUACGGCCCGCCAACUGAGCAUGCGGCCUUCUUCGCCCCCCCUACUGACGGGGCUGCGUUUUACGGCCAAGCUGUGGGGCGCUCCCAGUCCCACAGGCACGCUGCAAGCCCCUCCCACUCGUAUCCCAGGCAGGCCAUAAGCCACGGUCGCAGCCAGAGCCACGGCAUGGGAGGGUGGGCUCUUGCUGACCCUCAUUCUACUGCUGCUGCUGAUGUAGGGAGGGAGAGCGGUUUGGAGGUGUGGCGUGUGGUCAUGCAGGGGUAUGGGGAAGGGGGUGUGGGAGGAGCAGGGAUGGGGUAUGAGGUAGGAGGAAGUGAACAAGACGCAGCAGGGAUAGGUUAUGGGCCGUGGCAGGAAGGGGAAGAGGGGGUUGUGGGGGGGAGUCAGAGGCUGGUGGUGGCGAGUGGGAGUGAGAGGGACGGCGAUAGGAGCAGUGUGUGGGACAGGAGCAGUGUGGGAGAUGGGAGCAGUGUGAGUGUGGGGGAUAGCCUGGUGUCGCUUCUGAGAAUUCUGAAAAACGAGGGGGAGGGCGAUGGGAGCAGUGUGGCGGAUAGUCUAGCAAGUAGCAUGGAUGGUGGUGGUGGGGGGGGGAGCAUGCCAGGCAUGGUUGAUGGGAGCCACGACAAUCACCACGAGUACAACUACCAGAGGCAUUCGUUGCAUCCGUCAGACACGGAGGAGGAGGAAGGAGAGGCAAGGCCGUGGCUUCGCUCAGAAGUCUCGUCCAUCCGAAGCAGAUCCCGAGGGAGGGGCGGGUCCCUCAGUGACGUGACCAGCCUGGGGAUGAGUGAGGGGGAGGGAGCGAGUGAGGGAGUGAGUGAGGGAGUGAGUGAGGGGGAGAGCACCCGGUCUGUGGAGGCAGAGCUGGGAGAUCUGAUGGACGCUCUAGAUGGGGAAUUGUCGCCCUUCUGGACCGCUCAUAACAGCGUUGGGAGCAUGGGGAGCGUUGGAGCAGGGAGGACUGGCAGCAUUGGGAGUAUCGGGCUGGGCAGGACUGGGAGUUUCGGGAGUGUUGGGAGCGCAGGGAGGAUGUUGAGGGGGAGUGUGGGGAGUUUUAGGUCGGUGAGGGAGGAGGGGGAGACAGGGAGGGGAGGAGGGGAGGGUGAGGAGGAGAGGGAAGCGAGGAUGGAUGUGUGGAGAGAGGUGAUGGGGAAUUACUGGGAGUUGAGAGGGGCAGGCGCGUUCGGGUAUAGACAUGCCUACCGACAUGCAGAUAGGCAUGAAGAUAAACAUGAGGACAGAUAUGAGGAUAGAGAUGAGGAGGGUAUAAAUAUGAAUGGCAAGGUGGAUGCAUAUAAGGGGGGAGAGGGCCGGGUGGGUGGUGCGUCACAAGACUCAGUGAUGCUAUUGUAUGAUGGUUUGGGUGAGAGUGUGAGUGGCAAGGUUGGGGAAGCGGAGGAUGAGGAAGAGGAAGAGGAGGAGGGUGGUUUGGGGGUUGAGGGUGGGGAGGAUGGGCAUGAGGAUGAGGAGGAAGAGGAGGAGGAGGAGGAGGAGAACGAAGAGGAGGAUGGGAGGGUGGUUGUGGUGUUCAAAACUGCAACCCGAGCUGCUGAGAUCCACGUGGAGGAGAGUGAUAGGGGCAGUGCGGAUCACUCUGCUGAUGUGGCGAGCGAUGCUGACGUGGCAAGUGAUCUAAGUGAGCACGCGCUGUACAACGCCGGCAGUGACGUGGCAGGUGCUGGUAUUGUGACACAUGAGGAUGAUGGUGCGGCGUCUGAUGUCUUAUCUGAUGGGGUACAUGUUAGUGAGCAUGAUGGUAUGGGGGACAUGCAUGGUGAUGUGCAUGAGUAUCAAGAGACGGAGGAGGAAGGGGUAGAAGAAGAGGAGGGGGAAGAGGAGGAGGAAGAGAGGGUGGUAGUGGUGUUUAAGACAGCAACCAAGGGGAAAACGGAUGAGGAGGAGGAAGAGGAGGUGGUGGGAGAGUCCACGACUGAGAAUGGGUCACUGACUGAGGGCCCUCUUGAUACGGAUACUGAGGAUGUUGAUAACGAGUAUGAGGACAACGAGAGGGUGGUUGUGGUGUUUAACCGGCCAAGGACUGGUGAGAGGAGGGAGGAGGAGGAUGCGGGAGGGGAGGAGGAUGAGAGGGAUGAUGAAGAUGAUGUGUUAUUAGGCAGUGUGGUUGGGGAUGCGAUUCAGACAGGGAGUCAAAUGGCCAGCCAGACAGGAAGCUAUGUGGGCGAGGAGGAGGGUUGGGAGGCAGGAGAAGAGGGAGAGGAGAUUGCUGGUGGCAGUGAGGAAGGGAGUUUGGAGGAUGGGGAGAGGGUGGUAGUUGUGUUUAAGAAGGCAACGCAUGCUGUGGAGGAGGAGGAGGAUGAGAUAGAGGAGGGGGACGAGGUGGAUGAGGAGGAGAUUGCUGGUAUUAGCGAAGAAGGGAGUUUGGAGGAUGGGGAGAGAGUGGUAGUCGUUUUCAAGAAGGCUACACUUGCUGAAAACGAAGUAGAGGGGGCGGUGGAGGGGGAGGAGGAGGAGGUAGAAGAGGAGGAGGUUGUGGGGGAGGUAGAGGAGGAGAUCGCUGGGAGUGAGAGGAGAGUUGGAAGUGGGAGUGUGAGUAGGGUUGGAAACAACCGGUCGGGGAGGAGCAGUGUGAGUGAGCGAGAAAGUGACCAUUUGGUUGAGAAACAGGUGGAGAAGAGUGUAAGUGCGAGUGAGAAAGCGAGCGAGGAAGGGAGUGAGGGUGAGAGAGGGAGCUUGAACAAGAGUAAUAGUGGCAGCUGGAGUGAUAAGAGGAGCAAGCACAGUGCCACCAGCACUGCUACCGACAGUGCUACCAGCAGUGUUACUGGCAGUGUCACAAACAGCACUGCUGACAGUGCUGCAGGUGGUAGGAGUCAGAGUGGGAGUGAAGGAGCGAGCGAGAAAGCCAACAGCGUGAGGAGCAGUUCUGAUCGCAGUGGUGUGAGAGAGAGAAGUGACAGUGAGCGUGAGAGAGUAGUGAAGACUUUGAGUGAGCGUGAGAGUGUGGGGGGGAGUGUGAGUGAGCAUGAGAGUGUGCAUGAGAGGGUGGGGAGGAGUGAGAGUGAGCAUGAGAGUGAAAUGCAUAGUGAGGCCGCUGUGGCCAGAGUUGGUAGCACUACAGACAGUUCGAGUGGCAGCGAGAGCAAGCACAGCAGGGGCAGUAGUGUGAGCAGGGGGAGCAGGGAGAGCAGUGUAAGCAAGGGGAGCAGUGUAAGCAAGAAUAGCAAGGGGAGGAGCAGGGAGAGCAGUGUAAGCAAGGGGAGCAGUGUAAGCAAGAAUAGCAAGGGGAGGAGCAGGGAGAGCAGUGUAAGCAAGGGGAGCAGUGUAAGCAAGAAUAGCAAGGGGAGGAGCAGGGAGAGCAGUGUAAGCAAGGAAUGCAGAGGGAGCAGUGUAAGCAAGGAAAGCAGAGGGAGCAGUGUAAGCAAGGAAAGCAGAGGGAGCAGUGUAAGCAGUCCUAGGUCGGAUGGGGACAGCUAUGAUGGUCGUUUGGGGAGUGGCGCGAGUGACAGGGAGGACGAGAGGAUGAGUGCGGAAAUGGAGGAGAGUGGGGUAGUGGAGAGUGGAGUAAUGGAGAGUGGGGCAGUGGAACAUGGCGCAGUGGAGAGUGGUGCAAUGGAGAGUUGGAGCGGUGUGGAGGGGUUAAGUGACGAGGAGCAAGGGAGCGAGGACCAAGAGGUGCAAGAACACGGGAGUGAGGAGCGGGAAGCUGGAGAGCAGGAGCGUGAGGGAGAUGGCGUGGAUGUGUGGAGCAGUGAGAGCGACGCAUGGCCUGAGGCAACAGCAGAGGGAGAGGCACAGGCAGAGGAGAAGGAAGAAGAAGAAGGAAUAGUACCAGCACCCGAGACCGUGAGUGGGGAUGCUGCAAGGAGUGUUGUGGAGAGUGAUGGGGAGGAGGAUGGGACAAGUUGGGUUAGCAGCAUCGUAUCUCCUCUGCAGCAGGAAAAGGUGGCCGCUGGACAGGUGGCGGAUGCUGAUUGGACGGAGGAGCUGGGAGAGGAGCAGGUGCGGGAAGACGAGGGUCAGGUGGAUGAUCAGGUGAAUGCUCAGGUAGUUGAGCAAGCAGGUGAGCAGCAGCAGCAGCAGCAGCAGCAACAGGAUGAAGGGAAGGUAGCAGCAGCAGCAGGCAGAGCGAUGACUGAGAAUGUGGCGGGGGUGGGCAAAGAUGGGAUGGGUACUUCAGCAACAGCCAAUGAUGGGGGUAUGAGGCAGAUUGGCGAGGAUGCGUAUGUGUAUGACAUGGGGGAUGGUGUUGGAGCAUGUGAGGAGCUGGAUUGGAGCAGGGAUGUGGGCGAUGGGGGGGUGGGCAUGCCGGGGUGGUCGGGUGAAUGGACGAGGGAGAGUGAGGUGUGGGGUGUGGGUGGAACGAGGGAUGAGAGCGAGGUGCUUGGGGCGAGUGGUGUGAUAGUGGAUGGUGCUGCUGCUGCCAGUGGUGCGGUCAAGUUGGACAGGCAGAUUGAGGAGGAGAGAGGAGAGAGCGAGGAGGAGAGAGGAGAGAGUGAGGAGGAGAGAGAGGAGAUAUGGGAGGAGAGAGAGGAGACAGGGGAGGAGAGAGUGGAGAAAGGGGAUGAGAGAGUGGAGUGUGGGGACGAGAGAGAGGGGAGCGAAGCGAGAGAGGAGGAGAGGGGGCUGAGAGAGGAGAGAGAAGACAAGGAAGAGAAGGGGGCAGAGGACAAGGAGGAGGAGGAUGUGGGGAGGAAGGAGGUGGAGAGGGAGGAGGUGGUGGAGAGGGAGGAGGUGGUGGAGAGGGAAGAGGAAGAGGUGGAGGAUGGGGAGGGUGAGGAGGAGAGGGACGAGGAGGACGAGCUGGAGAAGGAGGAGGAGGGAGAAGGGGAGGAAGGGGGAGAGGGAGAGGAGGAGGAGGAGCAAUGGAGUGACAUGAGUGAGGAGGAGUGGAGCAGCAUGGAGCUAGCAGCUACCCAGUCCCCCUUCCCUGCUGCCUCGCCUCUCCCCUCCUCCAGCCCCUAUGCCGCUCUCUCCCCACUGCCCUCCGCCACCCCAACGAGUGCAGGCAUGGGUGUGCCUUUGGAUAGUGCUGCGGUUAGCCUGGCACUGCAGCGGCAGCAGCAGCAGCAGCAGCAGCAGCAGCAGCAGCAGCAGCAGCAGCAGCAGCAGCAGCAGCAGCAGCAGCAGCAGCAGCAGCAGCAACAGCAGCAGCAGCAGCAGCAGCAGCAGCAGCAGCAGCAGCAGCAGCAGCAGCAGCAGCAGCAGCAGCAGCAGCAGCAGCAGGAGCAGGAGCAACAGGAGCAACAGGAGGAGCAGGAGGGGCAGGAAGCAGCGGGCCUGGCAUUCGAAGAGGCGGAGGAGGAAGGCGAGAAGCAGGAUGGGGAGAGGGAUGAGGGGCUUCAAGGGCUUCAAGGGCAGAGCAGCAUGUUCGCGUUUGCCUCUGGCAGUGAGUCCUCUGUGCUCCCCCUUGCCAGCCCUAUGGCCCUGCCGCAAGAUCGGGCUGCUGUUGGUGGGGGUUCAUGGGCGGAAGAGACUCAGCAAAAUCGAAUCUUUGGAAGCUCACUUGGUGCUGUUCCUGUGUCUCAACACACUCCUGCUCUUACCACCUCUGCUGUUGUGCCACCCUCCGUUGCUGCUGCCGAUCUUGCUGACGUGGCGAAUGCGCAUCAUGCUGACGUGGCACGUGCUGGGUCGGGUGCUGCACGUCGAUAUGAGAUCCCUGUUCUGGAGGCACGUUCGAUUCCAGCUGGCAGCUCACAUGAUAGGGCACUGGAUAGAGCACCUGAUUCGGCACCAGAUAGAGUACCUGACAAGGCACUUGAAACGGCACCUGACACUACUCCUGAUGUGGCACCUGAUACAGCUCCUGAUGCAUCAUCUGAUUUGGCACCUGACGUGGCACCUGAUUCGGCACCUGAGAAAAGCUCUGCCUCUGUUGAGGUGCUUCCUUCAGGUGCUGUCUCUGUUGUGUUGCCCUCAGGUGCUGUUUCUGUUGUGCUACCUUCAGGUGCUGUGUCUGUUAUGCUGCCGUCAGGUUCUGUCACUGUUGCACUGCCGUCAGGUGCUGUCUCUGUUGGUUCAGGUGCCAGCCCUUCGCGUUCUGGAAAUUCUCCUGAGACUGCAGAAACGAGAAUGCAUCAAAGUGAGUGGGAAGAUCUUAGGGGGACAGAGGUGGAGGAGGGGUCAGAAGGAAAGGGGAGUGAGAGUGAUGAGGAGAGGAAGAGUGAUGGGAAGGAGGAGAAAGCGAGUGAGGAAGGGAGUGAGGGAGAGGGUGAGAAGUGGGAGGAAUCUGAGGAGUGGAGUGAUGUUGGUGAUGUGGUAACCAGUGAUGUUGGUGAUGCAGUAACCAGUGAAGCUGGUGAUGCGGUUACCAGCGAUGCUGGUGAUGAGGUAACCAGCAAUGCCGGUGAUGCAGUAACCAGUGAUGCUGGUGAUGUGGUGGUAACCAGUGAUGCUGGUGAUGCAGUAACCAGUGAUGCUGGUGAUGUGGUAACCAGUGAUGCUGGUGAUCCAGUAACCAGUGAUGCUGGUGAUGUGGUAACCAGUGAUGCUGGUGAUGCAGUAACCAGUGAUGCUGGUGAUGUGGUAACCAGUGAUGCUGGUGAUGAGGUAACCAGUGAUGCUGGUGAUGUGGUAACCAGUGAUGCUGGCGAUGCAAGAGCAGAAGAAGUGGAAUUGAUGGCCCUUGGCGAUUCAGACGACAGAAUGCAAGAGCAAGGCACGGUAGCAAGUGCAAUCAAUGCAGAGGAAACGGAAUCAAUGGAGCCUCCGGUAACGCUUAUGACCCAGGGAUCAUUGCCAGCAGUCGCUGCUUCGGCUGUGGGAGGAGGUGUGGUGGUGGCAGCACAGGCGGAUGGGCUGGUGGCAGGAGGUGACUGGGAGAGUGAGGAGUGGAGCGAUGUUGGGUCCGGUGUGGGUGAGUGGGAGGAGGCUGAAAUGGUGAGAGAGGAGGCAGGAAUGGGGAGAGAGGCGGUUGGAAUGGGGAGAGAGGAAGAUGAAGAUGGAAAGAGUGAGGAGGUUGAAGAAGGGGGAGAGGAGGGAGAGGAUAAUGAAAGAGAGGAAAAAGAGGGUCUGCAAGAAAGCAGUGCAGUGGCAGUAGGAGACAUGGAAGGGGAGGUCAAUCUGCCAGUUGGUGAGAGUGAGGGGCAUGUGGGCAGGGAGGAGGAGCAGGAGGAGGAGAAAGAGGAGCAGGACGAGGAGAAAGAGGAGCGGGGGGAGAGGGAGGAGGAGGAGGAGGAGGAGGAGAAGAAGGAGAGGGAGGAGGAGCGGGAGGAGAGUGAGGUGGAGGUGAGAUCGGAGGAGGAGAGGGAAGAGGAUGGGGAGAGGGAGCGGCAGGGAAGUGAGGAAGUGGAGGCUCCGCAGAGAGAGGAACUGACAGAGGGUGUUGCUGAAGGAGAGAGGGCGGAGGAGGAAGAGGACAGGAUGGUGAAAGUGGAUGAGGGAGUGGAUGAGGGAGACAAGGAGGGAGUGGAGGAGGGAGAGGAAGAGAGAUUGGAGGAGCAAGUGGAGGAAAAGAAGGAGGAAGGGGUAACGGAGGGGAGGGUGGAGGACGAGGGCAGAGAUGCACAUGCAGAAGGGAGUGAAGCGGAGGAUGGGAGUGAGAGUGGGGGUGAGAGCAUGAGCGAGAGUGAGGGUGAUGGUGAGAAGGAAAGGGAGAGCGACAGUAUGAGUGAGAGGGAGCAUGACAGUGAAGGUGAGAAGAAGAGUGAGAGCGUGAGUGAGAGGGAGAGUGAUAGCAUGAGUGAGAGAGAGAGUGAAAGCGAAGGUGAGAAGGAGAGUAAGAGCAUGAGUGAGAGGGAGAGUGAAAGUGAAGGUGAGAGGGGGAGUAAGAGCAUGAGUGAGAGGGAGAGUGAAGGUAAGAGGGACACAGAGAGUGAUAGUCUGAGUGAGGGGGAGAGUGAGAGCGUGAGUGAGAAGGAGAGUGAAGGUGAAAGGGACAGGGAGAGUGAUAGUAUGAGUGAGAGUGGAAGUGAGAGGGGGACUGAGAGUGAGAGUGGAAGUGAGAAGGGGGCUGAGAGUGAGAGUGCAAGUGAGAAGGGGUCUGAGAGUAAGAGUGAAAGUGAGAAGGGGUCUGAGAGUGAGAGUGAAAGUGAGAAGGGGUCUGAGAGUGAGAUUGAAAGUGAGAGGGCGGCUGAGAGUGACAGUGGGAGUGAGAAGGGUGCUGAGAGUGAGGUUGGAAGCGAGAAGGGGGCCGAGAGUGAGAGUGAAAGUGAGAAGGGGUCUGAGAUUAGGAGUGCAAGUGGAAAGGGGGCUGAGAGUGAGAAAGCAAGUGAGAAAGGGGCUGAGAGUGAGAAUGAAAGUGGUAAGGGGUCUGAGAGUGAGAGUGCGAGUGAAAGGGGGGCUGAGAGCGAGAGUGAGAGUGAGAAACGUUCUGAGAGUGAGAAUGAGAGUCCAAGGAGGGCUGAGGGUAAGACAGGGGCUGAGGGCGAGAGCAAGAAAGAGCCAAGUGCAGCCGUGGAGCCGCCUCAGGCUCAGGGUAUUUUUGAGAAUUCUCAAGAAGAGGCGAGUACAGCCGUGGAGACGCCUCAGCGGGACGAAAUCACAGAAGGUGCUGAGGGCACUGGCACUGCAGCAGAUGCAACUUCUGAGUCAAAGGAAAUCACAGAAGGUGCAGCAGCAGGCAUGGCAGAGGCAGAGGCAGAGACAGAGGCCACCACGGCAAGCACUGCCACACCAGACGAGCCUCUUGUGUCCACCGCCCAUCUUGUUCCGCAUCCCCUCACUCUUUCCCCCACCUCAACCGUCUCACCCGUUUCCCCCAGCUCAGCUUUCCCAUCUGUCUCAAGCUCAGCCGUUCCCUCUGCCCCUAGUGUUUCCACUGCCCCUAGCGGUUUCCCUGUUUCCUCCCGCCCUGCUAAUUCUUGGAUCCGCCCAGCACAGCCGUCUUCCCACUCCGACUCAGGCUCGGACUCUGACUGGUCCGACUCCGAACCUGCGCCCAAGCCUGUGCCCAUCCGAGCCUGGAGGGCAGGCAUGGCGAGUGCAGCGCUGGCCCCUGCGCCUGGCGCCUCUCCUCCCCCACAAACUGCAGCGGUGGGGCGACUGCAGAGUGACUUCCUCAACCGCUUCCAGCAGCAGCCGGAGGAGCAGCAGCAGCAGCAGGCCUCUGAGGCUCCCCUAACACCUCCACAGCAGCAGCAACAGCAGGCAUCUUUGAAUUUCGCUGCAGUUGUGGACUCUUCUGCUGACGUGGCGCAGGCUGCUGAUGUGGCGCAAGUUGCUGAUGUGGCGCAAGUUGCUGAUGUGGUGCAACCUGUGGACAUGAAGCACGCAGCUGAGGUCAAAGCAGGUGACAAGUCAGAAUUACCUGCUGGUGGUGAUGAUGCGAUUGCUGAUAAGGAACAGUCUGCACAUGUGGUAUCAGCUGCUGACGUGGCACCCCCUGCUGAUGUGGACGUGAAGGGCGAUUCCAGACCAUCUUCUCCAGAGGGGUCAGCCACCAGCAUCAAAGAUGCUGCUGAUGUGGCAACUGAGGUGGAUGCUGAUGUGGCAGCUGAGGUGGCUCUGGAUGCAGCUGGAGGUGCUAGUUUGCAGCUGGCAAGUGAGUUGGUUGCACCUGUGCUGCAGACGAGAGGAGAGGCCGAGGAGGUGGAAGCAGAACAGGAGGAAGCAGAUGUAUUUUCGGGACCAGAUUCUGAACCUGACUCUGAUGCUGACGUGGCUGCUGAUGUGUCUGUUGACAUGGCUGCUGAUGUGUCUGUUGAUAUGGCUGCUGAUGUGUCUGUUGACAUGGCUGCUAAUGUGUCUGUUGGCGUGGCGGCUGAUGUGGCUGCUGACAUAGCUCUGCGAGUGCCUGGAGGUGAAACUGCAGUGGUGCCAUCUCCAUCACGAUCAGACUCCGAGUCUGACUCUGCUUUCGGAACUGAUGUGGCUGCUGACGUGGCCGCUGAUGUGGCUGCUGACGUGUCGUCUGAUGUGGCACCGUGUGCGGCUGGAGGUGAGACUGCAGCACUGCCAUCCCCAUCAGGACCAGACUCUGAGGUUGACUCUGCACCAGAAGCUGAUGUGGCUGCUGACGUGGCUCUGCAUGCGUCUGACUGUGAAGCUUCAGCUCUGCCAUCGCCACCAGGAUCAAACUCUGAGGUUGACUCUGCACCGGAAGAAGAGAGGGUGGAGGAAGAGACAAGGAGUGAGGGCGCUGAGAGGGAGGAGGAAGAGACAAGGAGUGUGGAGGCUGAGAGGGAGGAGGAAGAGACAAGGAGUGUGGAGGCUGAGAGGGAGGAAGAGACAAGGAGUGUGGAAGCAGAGUGGGAGGAGGAAGAGACAAGGAGUGUGGAAGCAGAGAGGGAGGAGGAAGAGACAAGGAGUGUGGAAGCAGAGAGGGAGGAGGAAGAGACAAGGAGUGAGGAAGCAGAGAGGGAGGAGCAAGAGACAAGGAGUGUGGAAGCAGAGAGGGAGGAGGAAGAGACAAGGAGUGAGGAAGCAGAGAGGGAGGAGCAAGAGACAAGGAGUGUGGAAGCAGAGAGGGAGGAGGAAGAGACAAGGAGUGAGGAAGCAGAGAGGGAGGAGGAAGAGACAGGGAGUGAGGAUGCAGAGAAAGAGGAGGAAGAGAGGGGGAGUGAGAAAGCAGAGAGUGCGGAGGAAGAUGGGGGUAGUGAUGAUAAAGCAAGGCUGCAGGAGGUUGAAGUAGAGGCUGUAGCGAUGGGUGGGGCGGCAGUUGUGGCUGUCGCGGUGCUUGCAGGGGUGGAUGGGGCGGCAGCGGACGAGGAGGGUGAGGGGAUGCUGGGAGCAGUGGAGGGCAGGGAGCCGUUGGGGGCGGAGGAGGGAGAGGAGAGUGAGGAGGGUAAGGAGAGUGAAGAAGCUGGGGAGAGUGAGGAGAGUGAGGAAGCUAAAGAGGUGAAGGAGGCUAAGGAGGAGCAUGAGGAGGCCGAGUCACAUUCUGAUGAUGCUGAGUCACGUUCUGAUGAUGCUGAGUCACAUUUGGAUGCUGAGUCACAUUCUGACGCUCAGUCACGCUCUGCUGCUGAGUCACGCUCUGAUGCUGAGUCACGCUCUUAUGAUGCUGAGUCACAUUCGGAUGCUGAGUCACGCUCUGAUGCUGAGUCACGUUCUGAUGCUGAGUCACGUUCUGAUGCUGAGUCAUGUUCUGAUGCUGAAUCACAUUCUGAUGCUGAGUCGCAUGCUGAGUCAGUUUCGGAUGCAGCUUCUGCAGUUGCUGUACCUCAUUCUCCUGCGGCACCUCAUUCUCCUGCGGCACCUCAUUCUCCUGCGGCACCUCAUUCUCCUGCGGCACCUCAUUCUCCUGCAGCACCUCAUUCUCCUGCUGUACCUCAUUCUCCUGCUGUACCUCAUUCUCCUGCUGUACCUCAUUCUCCUGCUGUACCUCAUUCUCCUGCAGCACCUCAUUCUCCUGCUCCACCUCAUUCUCCUGCAGCACCUCAUUCUCCUGCUGUACCUCAUUCUCCUGCUGUACCUCAUUCUCCUGCUGUACCUCAUUCUCCUGCUGUACCUCAUUCUCCUGCUGUACCUCAUUCUCCUGCUGUACCUCAUUCUCCUGCAGCACCUCAUUCGCCAGCUGGGGAUGAAGCAGCUGCUCCUCUCAGUGCCCCCUCCUCUCCUACCUCUGCCACCCAGUCGGACUCACCUGCUGUGCCUGAAGCUGCCGCUGCUCCUGACUUGCCUGCUCUGCCUGAUUCUCCUGCUGCAUCUGAGUCGCCUGCUCUGCCUGAUUCUCCUGCUGCAUCUGAGUCGCCUGCUCUGCCUGAUUCUCCUGCUGCAUCUGAGUCGCCUGCUGUGGAAGAUUCUCCUGCUGCAUCUGAGUCGCCUGCUCUGCCUGAUUCUCCUGCUGCAUCUGAGUCGCCUGCUCUGCCUGAUUCUCCUGCUGCAUCUGAGUCGCCUGCUCUGCCUGAUUCUCCUGCUGCAUCUGAGUCGCCUGCUCUGCCUGAUUCUCCUGCUGCAUCUGAGUCGCCUGCUCUGCCUGAUUCUCCUGCUGCAUCUGAGUCGCCUGCUCUGCCUGAUUCUCCUGCUGCAUCUGAGUCGCCUGCUGUGGAAGAUUCUCCUGCUGCAUCUGAGUCGCCUGCUCUGCCUGAUUCUCCUGCUGCAUCUGAGUCGCCUGCUCUGCCUGAUUUUCCUGCUGCAUCUGAGUCGCCUGCUCUGCCUGAUUCUCCUGCUGCAUCUGAGUCGCCUGCUCUGCCUGAUUCUCCUGCUGCAUCUGAAUCACAUGCCAUACCUCAUUCACUUGCCAUGCUUGACUCACCUGCUGGGGGGGAUGAACCACCUGAUUCUCUCAGCUCUGCCUCCUCUCCUGCCUCUGACACCCAUUCGGUGGCUCUAAUUGAGAGAGAGAAGGAGGAGAGCGGGGUGACACCUGCUAUAUUAGAUUCGUCUGCAAUGCCUGAUUUCCCUGCUUUACCUUACACACCUGAUUCGCCUGCCGCACCUGACUCACCUGCUGCACCUGAUUCACCUGCUGCACUUGAAACACCUGGCGCACCUGAUUCAGCUGCCAUACCUGAUUCGCCUGCCGCACCUGAUUCACCUGCCGUACCUGAUUCAGCUGCUGUACCUGAUUCGCCUGCCGGAGCUGAACCAGCUGCUCCUUUCAGCCCUGCCUCUCCGGCUGCGUCUGACUCCGAGUUGGUGGCUCAAGUUGAGAGUGGGGAGGAGGAGGAGAGGGUAGUGGCGCCUGCUGUUUCUGCUUCUCCUGCUAUAUCUGAUUCUCCUGGCGCUGAUUCACCUGCAGCAUUUGAAACACCUGUCGUACCCGAUUCACCUGCUGCUGCACCUGAUUCACCUGACUCACCUGAUUCACCUGCUGCUGCACCUGAUUCACCUGACUCACCUGAUUCAUCUGCCGCAUUUGAAACACCUGCUGUACCUGAUUCACCUGCCACAGCUGAGGAAAGUCAAAGGGAGGAGGAGAAAGGUGAAAGGGAGGAGGAGGAAAGUGAAAGGGAGGAGGUGGAAAGUGAAAGGGGAGAGGUGGAAAGUGAAAGGGAGGAGGAGAAAAGUGAAAGGGAGGAGGUGGGAAGUGAAAGGGAGGAGAUGGAAAGUGAAAAGGAGGAGGUGGAAAGUGAAAGGGAGGAGGUGGAAGAGGAGGAAGGAAAGUGGGAAGAGGAAAAAGAGGAGGAGAGAGGAGACGAGGCAAGGGGAGAGGUGGAGAGAAAUGAAGAGGAAGCAGAGACGAGGCAAGAGGAGGAGAGGGGAGAGGAGGAAAGAGAAGAUGACGGAGAGGAGAAGGUAGAAGAGGAGGAGAACAGAGUGGAGGUGAUAGAGGAGGAGAAGGCGAAGAGAGACGGUGUGUCAGUGGCAGAGGAAGGGACGGAAAAAACUGGAGACCUUGAGAGAGAGAGCAUGAACCGAGAGGGUGAGGAGGGAGAGAGUGUGGUGGGAGAGAGUGUGGAGGGAGAGAGUGUGGUGGGAGAGAGUGUGGAGGGAGAGAGUGUGGCGGGAGAGGGCGCAGAGGGGGAGGAUAAUGUGGCAGUGCCGGCAGGUGAUGCAAGCGUGAGUGGCCAGAGCGCACCAGAGGCUUCUUCGAAGAGAAUUGAAGCGUCAGAGCCUGCGCCAGUGGAAGGCGUAGAAGCCAUGGAAGGAGAAGCAGCGGCGGAGGGAGAAGAAGCAGUGGAAGGAUCAGCAGUGGUGCAAGGGUCAGCAGCGUUGGAAGGAGAAGAAGAUGUGGAAGGAGAAGAAGAUGUGGAAGGAUCAGCAGCAACACCGGUGGCUGAAGCACCAGAAGCAAGGGAGGACGGGCAAGCAGCAGCAGUUGAGACAACACCCCCCUUGGUGGAGCAGACGCAAGCAGAAGCAAUGACAGCAGGAACUCCUCUGGUUGACACCGUUCGCCCUCUUCCCACCCACUCCUCGUCCCUUGCUGUUCCCUCUCCUCCCUCUCCUCUCCCUGCGCCCUCUGUUCCAUCUGCUCCCGCUGUUCCCUCUCGCCCUGCCAACUCUUGGAUCCGCCCGGCACAGCCGUCUUCCCACUCCGGCUCUGAUUCCGAAUCUGACUGGUCCGACUCCGAACCUGCACCCAAGCCUGUGCCCAUCCGAGCCUGGAGGGCAGGCAUGCCGAGUGCAGCAGCAGAAGCACCAGCCCCUGUGCCUGCUGCCGCUCCUGUUGUCCAAACUGCAGCGGUGGGGCGACUGCGGAGUGACUUUCUCAACCGCUUCCAGCAGCAGCAGCAGCAGCAGCAGCAGCAGCAGCAGUCGGAGCAGCCCUCUGUGCCUCCUCUUAGGUCUCCACAGCAGCAGCAGCAGCGGCAGCAGCAGCAGCAGGUGGAGGGAGAGAAGGAGGGAGAGGAAGAGGGUACGGCGAUAAUGGAGGUGAAAGAAAGGGUUAUGUCAGCGGAAGAUGAUGACAGGGAGGAAGUGAUAGUGACAGAGAGUGAGGAGGAGAGAGCGGUUAAGGAAGAGCGAGUGGAAGGUAGCGAGGAAGAUAGAGUGGAGGCGUCUGUGGCAGAAAGAGUGGGUGUUGUCGAGAGAGUGGGGGGUAAGGAAGCAAGGUUGGAUGAGAAAGAGAGGGUGGAAGGGAGGGAGGAGGAGAGGGUGGAAGAGAGUGAGGAGGAGAGGGUGGAAGAUGGCAAGGAGAGUGAGUUAGCGAGUAAGGAGGAGAGGAUGGAAGAGAGGGUGGAAGAGGAAGAGAGGGUUGAAGAAAGUAAAGAUGAGAGGAUAGAGGAGGAAGAGGAGGAAAAGGAAACGAGAGAGGAAGAAAUGGAGGAAGAGGGUGAGGAGGAGAGAGUGGGCGAGGGUAAGGAGGCUGAAGAGGAAGUAAAGGAAGAAAGAAAAGAAGAGGUUGAGGAGGAGACUAAGGGAGAAAUAAAAGAAGAGGUUGAGGAGGAGACUAAGGGAGAAAUAAAAGAAGAGGUUGAGGAGGAGAUGAAGGGAGAAAUAGAAGAAGAGGCUAAGGAGGAAAUCAAGGGAGAUGGUGUCUCAGCUGUCUCCUCCCCUCCCUCACUCGGCUCACCUCCACUUCCCACUCUCCUCCCUUCACCUCAACCUUCCCUACCCAGCACCACCAUCGAGCCACUUUCAGAGUCGACUCAAAAUGCAGCUCCCACGCUCUCCCCUUCACCUUCUCAGACCCCCCCACCUGAUGCCGUUACCACCAAGCCACAUGCACCAGCCGUUACCAUCAAGCCCUGCGCUGCAGACUCGUGGAUGAGGCGACCUAAUCAGGCCUCGGAUUCAGGCUCGGACUCUGACUGGUCCGACUCCGAACCUGCGCCCAAGCCUGUGCCAAACCGGGCCUGGAGGGCAGGUGAGGUGAGUGGUGUGGCGGCGGUAGCAGCAGCGCCUGCUGCCUCUCCUGCUGCCCAACCUGCAGCAGUGGGGCGACUGCGGAGUGACUUCCUCAACCGCUUCCAGCAGCAGCAGCAGCAGCAACAGCAGUUGGACCAACCCUCUGUGCCACCCCUUAGCUCCCCACAGCAGCGGCAGCAUCAGCAGGAGGAGAGAGAGGAGGAGAGAGUGGAGGCGAGAGGGGAAGAUAGAGUGGAAGCGAGAGAGGACGAGAGUGUGGGGAGUAAGGAAGCAAGGGUAGACGAGGAAGAGAGGAUGGAAGAGGGUGAAGAAGAGCGGGUGGAAGAGGGUAAGGAAGCGAGAGAGAAAGAGGGUGAGGAAGAGAGGGAGCAAGAGGCUAAGGAGGAGAGAGAGGAAGUGGGUGAGGAGGAGACAGUGCAAGAGGCUACAGAAGCAAUAGAGAAAAAGGGUGAGGAAGAGAGGAAAGAAGAGGGUAAGGAGGAGACAGUGGGCAAGGGUGAGGAGGAGAGAGUGGAAGUGGGUGAGGAGGAGAGAGCGAAAGAGGUUGAGGAGGAGAGAGUGGAAGAGGGUGAGGAGGGGAGAGUGGAAGAGGCUUCGGAAGCGAGAGAGGAGAAGGGUGAGGAGGAGAGGAAGGAAGAGGGUAACAAAGAGAGUGCAGAAAAGGGUGAAGAGGAGAGAGAGGAAGCGAGUAAGGAGGAGAGGAUGGAAGUGGAAGAGAGGGUGGAAGAGGAAAAGGAAGAGAGGGAGGAAGAGGGUAAGGAGAAGAGGGAGGAAGAGAGUAAGGAAGAAACAGCAGAAGAGCCAAAGGAAGAAAGAGAGGAGGAAGUGAAGGGCGAGAAGGAUGCUAAGGAGGAGACAAUGGGAGAUCAUGUAUUGGCUGUGCCUUCCCCUCUCGCACCAUCAUCCUCGCUUCCUCCCACCACCACCCCUCCAGCUCAACAUCCCACCACAGCCAUAACCUUCAAUCCACGUGCCCCAGAUUCCUGGAUGAAGCAGCAGCAGACCCACUCCGACUCAGGUUCGGACUCUGACUGGUCCGACUCCGAGCCUGCGCCCAAGCCUGUGCCAAUCCGAGCCUGGAGAGCAGGUGCGGGGAGUGGUGUGACGGCAGUGGCAGCAGCAGCAGCGCCUGCCGCUUCUCCUCCCUCUCAACCAGCAGCGGUGGGGCGACUGCGGAGUGACUUCCUUAACCGCUUCCAGCAGCAGCAACAGGCGGAGCAGCCGGAACAACCCUCUGUGCCACCCGUUAGGUCCCCACACCAGCAGCAGCAGCCGGAGCAGCCCUCUGUUCCUCCUCUUAGGUCUCCACAGCAGCAACCGCAGCACGCUUCUGAACGGCAAGAAGAGGAGAGGGCAGAGCAGCAGUACCAGGAGCAGCAGCAGCAAGAGCACCAGCAGCAGAUUCUCUCUGAUUCUGCUGCUGCUGCUGCUUCUGCUGCUGCUGCUGCAAAUGUUGGUGAUAUUCCUGGCGGUUCCGGUGAUGUUACUGGAGCAACAGCAGAGGCUGGAGCAGUAGCAACAACAGGGGCAGAAACGGCACUGGCAGCUGUUGCUGGGGAUGAGGUUGGAGAGGGAGAGGGGGCUCACGGGGUGCAAGGGGAAGAGGGUAGUGUUGGGCUGGAGGCGCAGUCAGGUGAAUUGUCAGGUGGAGAGGUUUUACGAGACGACCUGGUCUCGGCUGACGUGGCAUCAGGCCCAUCCUCUCCUGUGCCAGCUGACGUGGCAUCAGGUCCAUCCACUCCUGUGCCAGCUGACGUGUCAGCAGAUGCACCAUCUUUACCUGACCCGUCCACUCAUCCAGCAAUGGUUGACCCCUCCCCUCCCGCCCUCUCCUCCCCUCAGCCUCUUUCCUCCUUGCAGCCCCUCUCUUCCCCUCAGCCUUCCACUCCUUCUCACCGCACUGCACCUCCCGUUACCAUCAAGCCUCGCGCAGCAGACUCAUGGAUGAAGCGACCCAAUCAGGACUCCGACUCAGGCUCGGAUUCUGACUGGUCCGACUCCGAACCUGCGCCCAAACCUGUGCCGAUCCGAGCCUGGGGGCCAGGCAUGGCAAGCGCAGCGGCAGCAGCAGCAGCAGCACCGGCCCCUGUGCCUGCCACCUCUCCUGCUGCCCAACCUGCAGCAGUGGGGCGACUGCGGGGUGACUUCCUCAACCGCUUCCAGCAGCAGCAGCAGCAGCCGGAGCAACCCUCUGUGCCUCCUCUUAGGUCUCCACAGCAGCAGCAGUUGGCUGUGUCUCCUCGUGCACAACCCGUCGGUGCUGCUGCUGCUUCUGCUGAUACAGCUGGCACUGCUGAUUCUGCUACUGCUGCCGUGGCAACUGAAAGCGCUUCUUCUGCUGAUGCCGUUUCCAGUGCAGCAGCCGUUGCGGGUGCAACAGCAGUGGCUGCUGCGGCUGUAGCUGCCGCUGCACCUGCUGUCAUGGAGCGCCGGGAACAGGGAGAGCUGGAUAGCGGAGAGGGGGGCAUUACCAAGGUAGAGGAGGAGGGAAGUGAUUCUGAAACUGGUGGAGGAGAGGAUGGUGGAAGCACGAGAGCACCUGUGGUUGCUGAAGGUCCGCUUGCUGCUGCUGUGGGGGAGUUGUCUGCUGAGGUGGCAUCAGAAGCACCUGCUGACGUGGCAGCGGAAGCACCUGCUGACGUGGCAGCGGAAGCACUUGCUGAGGUGGAGGAGCAGGAGAAUGAGGCACGGGAGGAAGAGAAGGAGGAGGAAGAGGGUGGAGAAGGCGGAGAGGAGGAAAAGGAGGAGCAUGAGAAAGACGAGGAAGAAGAGAAGGAAGCAGAGGUAGAGGGAGUGGAGGGUGCAAAAGGGGAGGAGGUCGGAGAGGGGGAGGAGGGUGCAGAGGAAGAGGAGGAAGGUGGGAGUGAAGCAGGAGAAGAAUCCACUGAGGGCAUCCGCGAUGAGGGGGAGGGGGAAGGAGGCGGAGGUGGAGGCGGAGGGGGGAGUGAGGGGAGCGGGACGGGCGCGUGUGGGACAGGAGGUGGAGGUGCUGUGGGGCAAGCUGGGGGAGCAGGCGCUGGGGGAGCAGGCGCUGGGGGAGCAGGCGCUGGGGGUCCUGUUGCGCUUCCUGCCAUGGCUGCUGCUGCUGCCGCUGGUCGCCAGGCCAAUCCUCAUAGUCCGGGCAAGCGGUCACGCAUGCUGUCGCUGGUGGCGUCACAGGGCCUGCACGUGCCGGCCAGUGCAGUGACUCGGGAAAUCAUGGGGCUCACAGGGGGGAGUGCUGGGCUGGGGAGUCGGAGCAUGGUGGUUCGGGACAGCAUGGGGCGUGCGGGAGGGGGCGGUGCUAACCUGGGGCUGAGUCGGAGCAUGGUGGUUCGGGACAGCAUGGGGCGUGUGGGAGGGGGCGGUGCUAACCUGGGGCUGAGUCGGAGUAUGGUGAAGGAGAGAAAACGGCCUUCGCUGCUGGAUAGUAGUGGUAGCGAGGAGGAAGAGGAAGAAGAGGAGGAGGAAGAGGAAGAAGUGGAGGAAGAGGAGGUGGAGGAGGAGGAGGGAGAGGAAGAGGAUGAUAAUGAUGAGGAGGGUGAGGGUGGAGCAGAGGAAGGGGAGGGAGAAGAGGAGGAAGAGGAAGAAGAGGAGGGGGAGGAGGAAGAGUAUGGAGAGGCGGAGGAGGAGGAGGAAGAGGGGGGAGAGGGGGGAGAGGGGGGAGAGGGGGGAGAGGAGGAUGCACAGGAGGAAAUAGAUGGAGUGGAGCAAAAAGAGAAUGAGGAGGAGGAGGAGGAGAAGAAUGAGGCGGAGAAUGAGGAGAACGCGGAGGAGGAAGAGAAGGAGGAGAACGAGGAGAACGAGGAGCAGGAGGACUUAGAGCACGAAGAUAUGGAGGUUGGGGGCGAGGAGAGUUGGAAGAUGGAAGAGGCGGAGGAGGGUCUAGGUGAAGGGGAAUCAGCUGAGGAGGACGAUGAGAACAACGAGGAGGAGGAGGUAGAGCAGGAGGAGCUGGAGGAGGACGCAGGUGAGGAGGAAGAGGAGAAUGAGGAGGUAGCGCACGAGACAGAGCACACCGAUAUGGAGGCUGGGGGUGAAGAAUCUGGGAGUACGGAGGAGGCUAAGGUCGCUCCAGCUCAAGGGGGUUUAGCUGAGGAGGAAGAGGAGAAUGAGGAGGUAGAGCACGAGACAGAGCACACCGAUAUGGAGGUUAGGGGCGGGGAGACUUGGGACAUGGAGGAGGCUGAGGAUGCUCCCGCUGAGGAGAGCCCAGUUGAGGCAGGAGGAGGAGCGGAUGAGGAAGCAGGCAGUGAUUCUGCCAAAGACCCCCUGCUGCUGAAUGUGUCUGAGGGUGAGGGGCGAGUGAAGGCCCUUGCUGCUGCUAUGCUGUCGCCUCCUGCUGCUGCUGCUGAUACCACCACUGCAUCCCCUAAAGAGGCGGUGGCGUUAGGUGUUGCUGGGGGGCGUGUGAAGGCUCUUGCUGCUGUGAUGGCGUCUGCUGCUGCUGAUACCACCAGUGCACCCUCUAACAAGGCUGCGACUGUGGACGUUUCUGCCGGGAGGGUGAAAGCACUGGCUGCUGUGGUGGCUUCUUCUGCUUCUGAUGACGCCACCAGUGCAACCUCUAAGGAACCGGCGACUCUGAAUGUUGCAGAGGGGCGUGUGAAGGCUCUUGCUGCUGUGGUGGCGUCUGCAACUCCUGACACCACAGCUGCAGCCCCUAAAGAGGCAGCAACUAUAAAUGUUCCUGGCGGGCAUGUGAAAGCUCUUGCUGCCAUGGUUGCGUCAACUGCUGCUCCUGCUGACGCCACCAGUGCAUCCCCCAAAGAGGCGGCGGCUGUAGAUAUCGCUGGCGGGCGUGUGAAAGCUCUUGCUGCUGUGGUGGCGUCUGUGGGUGCUGCUGACGCCGCCAGUGCACCCUCUAAAGAGUCAGCGGGUCUAGAUGUUGCUGGGGGGCGUGUGAAAGCUCUUGCUGCCUCUGUGGCUGCUCCUGCUGCUGCUGAUACCACCAGUGCACCCCUUGAAGAGGCAGCGGCUCUAGAUGUUGCAGAGGGGCGUGUGAAGGCUCUUGCUGCUGCGGUGGCAUCCACUGCUGCUGCUGACGCCACCAGUGCACCCCCUAAAGAGGUGGUGGUGACUGGAGACGUUGCUGAGGGACGGGUGAAGGCUCUUGCUGCCUCUGUGGCUGCUCCUGCUGCUGCUGAUACCACCAGUGCACCCCUUGAAGAGGCAGCGGCUUUAGAUGUUGCAGAGGGGCGUGUGAAGGCUCUUGCUGCUGCGGUGGCAUCCACUGCUGCUGCUGACGCCACCAGUGCACCCUCUAAAGAGGUGGUGGUGACUGGAGACGUUUCUGAGGGACGGGUGAAGGCUCUUGCUGCCUCUGUGGCUGCUCCUGCUGCUGCUGAUACCACUAGCGCACCCCGUAAAGAGGCAUCGGCUCUAGAUGUUGCAGAGGGGCGUGUGAAGGCUCUUGCUGCUGUGGUGGCUUCUGUGGCUGCUGCUGACUCUGUCAGUGCAACACCUAAAGGUGCGGCGAGUCCUGAUGUUGCAGAGGGGCGUGUGAAGGCCCUGGCUGCUGUGGUGGCGCUAUCGUCUGCUGCUGCUGAUACAACUGCGGAUAGCACUGCUGAUACCACCGAUGCUUCUGCAAAGGAUUCGCCUCUUGAAGUUGCAGAGGGGCGUGUGAAGGCCCUGGCUGCUGCUGUUGUGGCGUCCGCUGUUGAUGAUACUAAUGCUGACAGCAACGGUGCACUCUUACACAACCCGUCAUUCGAGGUUGCAGAGGGGCGGGUGAGGGAGCUUGCUGCUCUCGCUGCCUCUGCUGCUGCAAACAACAGUGCUGGAACGGCCAGCGGUGCUCCAAAGGACUCCUCUCUGGAUGCUGUUGAGGGCCGUGUGAAGGCUCUAGCUGCUCUUGCUGCUACUGGUGCUGACGGCAGUGUUAGUACAGUCGGUGCUGCUUCAAAGGACUCAGCCUCGCUGGAGGUUGGAGAGGGGCGGGUGAGAGAGCUUGCUGCACUUGCUGCCUCUGCUGCUGCCAAUAACAGUGCUGAAACUGCUGACAGUAGUCCAAAGGACUUCUCUCUGGAAGCUGGCGAGGGCCGCGUGAAGGCCCUGGCUGCUCUUGCCGCCUCUGCUGCUGACGGCAGUGCUGAUACAGUCGGUGCUGCUUCAAAGGACUCAGCCUCUCUAGAGGUUGGAGAGGGGCGUGUGAGAGAGCUCGCUGCUCUGGCUGCCUCUGCUGCUGCAAACAACAGUGCUGAAAGCACCGGCGGUGCUUCAAAGGAUUUGGCAUCUCUGGAGGUUGGAGAGGGGCGUGUGAGAGAGCUCGCUGCUCUGGCUGCCUCUGCUGCUGCCAACAGCACUGCACCUGCUGGCGCUGCUUCAAAGGAAUCGGUCUCUCAAGAAUUUGCAGAGGGGAGGGUGAAGGCUAUGGCUGCACUUGCUGCCUCUGCUGCUGCUGUGGCGACUGCUGCAAGCACUGCUGCUCCUCUCCGGUCCUCCCAAACUUCUCUCCCAGCCACCUCAUCUGAUUCUACCACCUCCUGCAACAGUAUCAGUCAGGGCGAUUCUAACAGCAAUGGUGAACCCACCACGCUGUAUGGCACUGAGAAGAGCAUCCAGCAGCAGCAGAAUCUGCACUACCCUGCUCCCUCCCCCCGCCUCAUCCACCGCCCCUACUCCCCGUCACCGCGCUCCAUCCCUCACUCCCCAUCCGCUCAUCUCCCCUGCUACACGCGCUGCCCCUCCACCCAUCUCGUGAGUCCCAUUCGCCCCCGUGGAAGCUUCAGCCCCAGUAGGUUCCGGGCAUUUGAUGCUGCAGCUGUAGCAGCAGCAGCCUUAGCAGGAGUUUCCCCUCAGCGCCGUCGGUCCCCGUCGCCGAACCUCCCCCGGUAUUCUGCCUCUCCUGGUGCCCAUCCUAGCGGCUUUCCCAUCCGAACCUCGUCCGUGAGCCCGAGCCAGUCGCCCAUGAGCCGAGGACUGCCUCCAAGGUUGCCGCCGAGGUUCGGCAGCAGCGUGAGGUUCGGUGGGGGUGCGAGGGACCUGAGGUUUGGCGAGUUCCGUGAUUCGUCGAGAGAUUCAGAUUUCCGCGAGGGGGCGGGGAGGAGAGGUGCUGGCAUGGGGGAGGUAGGGGGAGGAGGAGCAGGAGGGGUUGGGGGUUUGGGGAAUGGCGGAGGGAGUGGGGGAUACAGCAAAUCUCGGUCGUUGGAUCGACAGAUAAGAGUGGGAUCACCAGGAGGGAUGGUGGGAGGUGCGGGGGAAGUGCUUAUAAUGAAGGGCAGUGGGGACAUAGAUGGAGAAGGGCACGAGGAGGAAAUGCUGGGGGAUGAUGCAGACAGCGAGGAGGAGAGAGGAGAGGAAGAUGAAGGGGAGGAUGAGGACGAUGCGGAGGAGGGAGAGGAGGAGCGAGAGGAGGAGGGUCCAGCGAGUGAGGGCAUGCAGACAGGAUGGCCAGCAGCUGCAACAGUGCCUUCAAGCGAGGCCAGCGGCAGUGGCGACAGCAACAGCGUUGCUGCUACCAGCAAUGGUGGCAGCAGCAUGGGCAAGACAUGGAAGGACAUUCUGCUCUCUGUGAAAGCAGCGACUCAGCCCGGAGCAGCUGUUCCCGGUUCGAAUGCAGGGAGGCAAGAGGGUGCAGGCGCUGCUGCCCUGGCGGCUGUAGCGGCGGAGGUUGUAGCGGGAAUGCACGGAGGCAGGGAGGGAGGGAUGGGUGAUGUGGCUGGGGUGUUGGGGAAUGGAUCAUUGGUGUUUGGUGCGCCUCACGUUGAGGAAACGGGGGGGAUGGCAGGUAAGGCAGUGGGGGCGAUUGGAGAGACGCAUGGGGAGGGGUGCCGGCAGGAGGGAUGGAAGAGGGCGAGAAGCGUGGCGACUGGGGUAUGGGCAGGUGGGCAGCAGCAUUGGGGUGUGGCGGAGGGGGGGAUGGGCAGGGAGAUAAUGGCUGAAGGGAUGGAGAAAGUAGAGAAGGCUCGGUUCACGGAAGGAACAGUGAUGGUGGCUGAUACAGUGGUAGAAGGAAAAGAGAUACGUGGGGGGGAAGGCGAAGGUGUGGAGAGCGGUGGGGCUGGGAAAGGAGAGGCAGAGGGAGGAGCAGAGGGAGGAGCAACAGAGGAUGUAGCUGCAAUCAGCAGCAGCGAAGGUGCAGAGGGGAGAGGGAGGGUGGAGGAGUGGGGGGAGCAGAGUCCCAUUAGGGAGCUGCUGGGGGCGUUGGAGUCUCCCACCAGAUGGGCUCACCUGUGUGCCAAGAUGGAGCAGCAGAGGCAGCUGUUUGAAGCCCAAGAUGACUCUAAAGCCACCCAGCUAUCGGAUCUGCCGGACGAGUUCAUCGUCCAGAUCCUCUCUCGACUCACCGACCCGCUCGACUGGGCGGCAUGCCUCGUCCUAUCCCGGCGCUUCGCCGCCCUCUCCUGCCUCGCGCUACAAGCGCUCUACCUCCUCCCGAACCGCCUGCUCCCCAAGCCUCUGCUGGCUCGGUACCUAGCCUGUUACCCGAACAUGGCAUUGCUGUACCUGCCCUGGAAUAGCCUGGAGGUUGAAGGGGACGAUGUUUUCGAGAUGAUUGCUGCAUCCAGAUUGGAGCUGCAGGCUCUGCACAUUGAUGUCUUCCCUGGUUACAAUGAGCGCACCUAUGCAAGAACACCAGCAGGCCUCACCACCCUCUUCACCUCCCUCCCCUCCCUCCGCUCUCUCUCGCUCUGCACCGGCCGAUUCAUACGCUCCCUCCCGGCCUCCAUCGCCCGCCUCUCGCUCUUAGAGGAGCUGCUUAUAAUGAAUCAGUCUUCGAAGCUCGGUUUGCGUUCUCUUCCACCUGCCCUCGGUCAGCUUUCGAAUCUUCGCCGCCUCGUGCUGGACUCCUGCUUGCAGCUCCCUACGCUGCCCGAGGAAAUUGGGCAGCUGACUGGAUUGGAGGAGCUGGAGCUGCUGAGUCUGGAUUGUCUACGCCAGCUGCCCGAAACUAUCGGGCAGCUUCAGCGCCUGAAAUGGUUCAAGAUGUGCUGGUGCAUGUCAGUUCGCAGCCUGCCCGAGAGCAUCGGGCAGCUGAAAGAAUUGGAGGAGAUGGUGAUCAACAUGGCAGCAAGUGAAACUUGGCUGGGCAGCCUAAAAGAGCUUCCUCAAUCUUUCGGUCAGCUCUGCUCCCUGCGGUUCCUGAAGAUUGUCGGCUGCCCGUUGAUGCUGGAUCUGCCCGAAUCUUUCGGGCAGCUUUAUCAGCUAGAAGAAUUUGUCUUCGACAACAAGGGCUUUGCAGAGGAGUCCGAAGCUUGCGGACUUUUAUCCCUGCCCGACUCCUUCGGGCAGCUGACAAGUCUAGUGCGAUUGGAGCUCCGCAACUGCUUCGCCCUCACCUCCCUGCCCGAAUCUCUGGGGCAGCUUCCGUACCUCUACUCGCUGAAGCUCAUUGGCUGCUAUUCUCUCGCCACGUUGCCCGAAUCUCUGGGCAGCUCGGGCAGCCUCCAGCUGUUUCUUGUGGAUAACAAGGUGGAUGAUGAUGAGGAUGAGGAGGAUGAGGAUGGGGAGGAGGGUGAGGAGGAGGAUGGGGAGGAGGAUGGGAUGAGCAUAGUGAGCCAUUCAACGGCCUUGGACAUGCAUAUGAGCAUGAACGGCACUGACGACACCGCUGCCAGCGACGAUGGCGCAAGCACCGGCAGAAACGGGGACGAAGAAAAUCACAAUAGUUAUGGUCAUGACAAUGUUGACGAUAAUGAGGAGGAUGAUGAGGAGGAUGAGGAUGAUGAUGGUCCGAGUGGUCUGCUCACCCUGCCGGCAUCCAUGGGCAUCACCCCAUCAGCCAUGUGCAAUCUGCGCCAGCUGGUCCUACGAGCCAACGUCUCCCUCACCGCCCUCCCGCCCGCCUUCUUCUCUCUCCGCCUCCUCGAAAGCCUCGUCCUCGACUUCACUGAGACCAGAAACCGGGAGUCAUUCUCAGACCUGCCAGUGAAUUCUCCCAGCCGCCUGGGCUCUCGAUCAGCGUCUCAGGCAUCGCUCUCUGGUCUCGCUGCAGGGAGCAGCGCAGUUGGUAUGGGCACAGGCAGCGAUGCGGUUACCACAGAGACAGGCGGUGGGAUAAACUCUUCCCUCAUGUUGAUUCUGCCGGCUGAUUUGCCACCCACACCGGAGAAGAAAACCAAGCCUGCCGGGAUAGCUGAGCUUCCAGAGGAGAUUUCCCAGCUGGUUAGUCUUCGGCGGUUGGAUCUGAUUGGCUGCUCGAAGCUUUCCAAGCUGCCCGAGUCUCUGGGCAGCCUUCAGUUUCUGCAGAGGCUGGUGGUGGCAUUCUGUCCAGCCAUUCAGGCUCUCCCGGCUGGCGUCGGGCAGCUGAAAUUCCUCCAGACUUUUGUUGUCCAGAACUGCCCGAAUCUGCUGUACCUGCCCGACUCAUUGACAGCAUUGGCUGGGCUGCCCGAGCUGUGCAUAGAUGAGAAAUCUGUGGGUGUGAAGAUUCCAGAGCAUUUGUUGAGGCUGCCUGGGUUCCGCCGUGACAGCUGUUUCUUUGAAGACCGGCUCUUCAUUGACCUGGUUGAGUAG